GUCUUGCUAACAUUAGCUGACAUUUCCGGGUACAGGCUCUUAAAGGCACAGCGCCACUUUCUACACACAUCAUGCACCUUCCUAUAAUAAUAAUAAUAAUAAUAAUAAGUCCUAAUAAAUAAUCAAUCUGUAUCUAGCUCGGUCUUAAUUCCAUCUGGCAGUGAGCGGGUUAAAAACCAAGCGAACAGGGGUAGAAGAUAAUAGUUGCCAGAUAAUGCGAACAGGGGUAGAAGAUAAUAGUUGCCAGAUAAUGCAAGUUCUUUAUUGUUUACUGUAGAUACAAUGAAGUAAUCAUCUCUAUAACGAAUCAUUCAUAUAUUUUUUUUUCUAUCCACCUGUCUCUUAUCAUUUCCUGUAAUUCCUUUUUGCCCUGUCUACUUCCUCUAAUUUAUUAUCCCUUUGUAGCAGUAUAUUUAACCCCCUCCUUCCAUUUCUCUGCACUUCCUAAUCCUCUUCCACCUUCCCCCAAUACCCAUCAACUCCUGACCUCCCAUUCUUCCUCUUAAAUAGUUUUUGUUUUGCUUGCCUCCGACCCCCUCCCUUUUUAUUUUGCCUCCCUUCAUCUCUCAAUGCUGUCUUUUAAUACCCCCCACCCCUUAACAAAUGCCCACAACUUUCUUUGUAUUUCCUUGCACGUAUAAUUAUUCAAUCUGCCUUCUAUUUUAUGCAUCCAUAUUGUCUCUUUAUCCAUCACCUCAAACUCUUCUCCUUUCUAUAGUCUGAACACCUUUUGUCCCCCCUCCCCUACAAUUUCCCUGUCUUGCUUGCUUCCUGAUGCACUGUGUCUUUAAGAGGCAGUGCUGAGUGCUGGGAAUACACGUCAGUUUCAGGACUUGCACACUUUCAGAUCAAUGAGCCGGAGGGAGGAAGGGGGGAGACUCACUUCUGCCUUUUUAGUUUCUCUCUUCCAGGAAGGAAAACAGAAAAAAGGCAAAACAACAUUCAACUGCAGAACACCAGAAAGGACAAGACAACUGGCACACAAUCUGCUAGACAUUCAUUAGCCAAGCAACAGAUAUUAUUGAGGGGGCUCCCACUACUACUAAUGUGGACCCCUAUACUAGCACCCUGGAAUACAAUGUGCUAACUUCUGGGAGUCAGGGGGGGCUGCUGUGCUCACCCACUUUGUGCCCCCCCUAGGCCACCCCACAUAGCAGUACGUUCUUGUUUCUGGCAAUGUCUUCUAUACAGUGUUGCAUUAAGGUAAGUCCCAUGAUGUUUAUUUAUGUCUUCUUCCUUCUCAUUCCAAGGUUUUUCAAUGUCCUCUCCCAUUCACGGUGACACUGCACGGUUAUUGCAUUGUUUUGGCCCUUGUUUGCAGGUUGUUUUACCUUUUUAGCUGUACAAGGUGUGCAGUGUUUUUAUAUAAUGCCUGCACUUUUUGAUAUAUUCUGUAACAGCAUUAACUGUGUGCUUCCCCAUUCUCUCCUGAAAACAAAAAGUAGGUGUGUUUUGAAUGAGUGUGUGAACAUUUCUAUACACAUGUACACUCAUACCAGAGAUAUGUGAGAUUUCAGCUUCUACAACUUUAGAUUUAUGAAAUACUGUGUGUUGAAGAUUUUAAAUAAGGUAAUGCUCGUUUCUCCACCCCAAAAAUAUAUUGUUGUGCGUAUACAUAGGUAUUCCGGUAUACUUAAUAAAUAUUAUUGGCAAUUUACCAGGGGUUUGCAAAUUUUAGGCCAAUAUAACUAAGCGGGAAGAAUAGCUAAGUUUUUCCUUGUUAGUCUGUGAUUCCCAGUAAUGAAUUGUUUAGAUAAUAACCAUGUUGAAAUUCGUUACCAAACCAUGCCAAAUUAUCACGUUAAUAAGAAAAACAUCACUACUGAAAAUGACAUCCAACAUGACUUGUUGCAAAUACUUUUUUGUUAGUGCAUCUGUUGUACAGCGCUGUAUAUAUUAUUAUAUACACAAAAUAUAUAGAAAGUCCUUGCACUCACGCUUGGUAGACUGUUUGCCGGGUGCUUGAAGUUCAGGAAAAUUGAAAUAUAUGUAGAUAGUGAUCAGCACUCUCGGACUUUUAAAACAUAAAGUUUAUUGAUCCAUUAAAAAUAAGAUCGACGUUUCAGUCACUAUCUACAUAUAUUAUUAUAUACACAUGUAUUACAUUAUUUUACUACAAUAAAGUAUUUAUCUAUUGAAGGCAGGUUAAAGUAGCCCAGUAGAGGUGGCAUAACCUACGGGACUGGAGCUGUCUAGACUAAUGGCCAACCUUGUUACUACAGAUGUUUGUGCUCUACAUUUCCCAUGAUGUUAAGCCAGCUGUCGGCAUGAAAUAUCAAGAUGUCUUGAAUUCCUUGAAGACAUUAGGAUGUUCUAUAGGGUUCGAUAUGAUGUCCUAUAGGGUUUGGAUUGGUGUUGAAUAAGGAUUAAUGCUAUGUUAGGGACGGCGUAGGGUUAAGGUUAGAGAUAAGGGUUACCUUAAGUGUAGGGUUUGGUGUUUGGUUGGUGUAGGGAUGGCGUUAACACCCGAAAAUUAAUUUAGAUCCUAAACAUGUGAGGUGUUUUUAAAGGGACACUGUCACCAUAAUCACCGCAGCCUAGUGAGGUGAUUCUGCCAUCCUUAGCGUGUCCCUGUAGACUUUUUUUUUUUUUAAUGUAAACACUGCCUUUUUUUUUUUUUAAGAAAAUACAUUGUUUCCAUUGUUGCCUAGUAACACCUCACUAGGUCAGGUUUAGUCACUCAGACUGCCACUAGAGGUGCUUCCUAUUUCAAUUUAGUGCGCUGACCAUUCCCCAUAUAGAUGCAUUGAUCCAAUGCAUGCUAUGAGGAGUUGAUUGGCGUGGCGCUGCGUUUUGUCGCCCAUGCACAAUAACCUCCCAAAUGCUUUCCUAUUUGAAUCCAAUACUAUGGGAAAGCAUUGACUUGAUUGAUAAUCUCAGCCUUGGAGGCAGGGCUAGCUGCAGUGGAACUAGUGCGUUUAUGGAGAAAAGGUGAGUAAGGCUCACCUUUUUCAUGCACUUGGUGUGGGAUGGGGUACUUAAACAUUGAACAGGUAACUAUAGUGUUAGUAAUAUAUGUUUGUGUUCCAUUAAAGGACCACUAUAGGCACCCAGACCACUUCAGCUUAAUGAAGUGGUCUGAGUGCCUGGUCCAGCUUGGUUUAACCCUUUUUUCUAUAAACAUAGCAGUUUUCGAGUAACUGCUAUGUUUAUAUUAGGGUUAAUCCAGCCUCUAGUGGCUGUCUCAUUGACAGCCGCUAGAGGCGCUUGUGUGCUUCUCACUGUGAUUUUCACAGUGAGAAGACGCCAGCGUCCAUAGGAAAGCAUUGUGAAUGCUUUCCUAUGAGACUGGCUGAAAGCACACGCCGCUCUUGCCGCGCAUGCGCAUUCAGCCGUGGAGGAGGAGAGAAGGCGGAGAGUCCUCAGCCCGGCGCUGGAGAAAGAGGUAAGUUUAACCCUUUCCUCCCCCUAGAGCCCGGCGGGAGGGGGACCCUGAGGGUGGGGGCACCCUCAGGGCACUAUAGUGCCAGGAAAACGAGUAUGUUUUCCUGGCACUAUAGUGGUCCUUUAACAAUCUGGACUGAUGUGGAUACUUCUUUUUCAUUAGUUGCACUGGAUGUGUAAAAUGUAUUCUAAACAAAACUUUGAAAAAAUGUGCAUUUAUUACCAUUACUCCACUUUUAUUUAUACUUGAUGUUGUGUUAGGUAAACAUAUAGAAUAUUAAAAAAUCAAUUUCUGUCCCUUGGAAAAAAAAAACCCAAUAUAUGAUAUGUUUGGGUGCACUUAAACUCUUAAAUUACAGUGGAACAAACACAUUGCACAAAUUUUAGUUAUUUUUCUCUGCAUCAGAAGUUGGACAAUUGCCUCUGUCCUUAAAUGGACACUUUAGGCCAGGCUUCCCCAAACUCCGGCCAAACUCCGGCCCUCCAGAUGUGACUUUAGGCACUAUAACUAUUUAAUCUCAUUGCUUUGGUGGUAGUGCCUGAAGUCCCCUGGCACUGUCCCUCCAUUCAGCAAUAAACACUUACUUUGCCUGGACGUAUAGGGGCACUCAUACCAAGGGGUACUGUGCAUGGGCAUGUGGGAGACCGUCCCACUGGGGGUACUUCUGGGGAUCCUCCUAUAUGGGGAGUGCCCAGCGUAUAUUAGUGAAGAUAUUAAGAGAUCUGAUUUUUGUAAACAUACAACCUUAGUUACUCGUGUUAAGCAUUAAUGACCCAAUUUAAAUUGUUAAUUGUGCGAAAUUACUAGUGCUGGUUUAGAUAAGGCCUCUUGUAUUCAUUUUAAUUGAGUUCUUGAUAGUCAAAGGGUAACUGGCUGUGACUAAAUAUUUUUAAGGGGUUAUCAAAGCACGGUAACAACUAUAGUUUAUAGUGCAAAGAGUCUGUGGGCCAUGUGCAGUUUUUGAGUAUUUUGACUAGCAGACUAUAAUUUCAACCCAAAGGUGGUUGGGCUGAUGUGAUUAGCUGAGCUGCAUUGGUGGAACAGAGCUGUAGAUGCCAAUGAGAAGCUCCAUUUUGUUUGUGUGAAAUCAUUCAGAUGGUUUGACAUCAAUCCCGGGGAAUGGCAGUAAGUCUUCUUGGCCGAUACCGAUAUUGACGAAAAUGCAGAUUAUAUCGGUAAAACCAGUUUAUACACCAGAACUGCUUCAAUAAGCUAAAGUUGUUUUGAUGCCUAUAAUAUCCCUUUAAAUAGACCAUAGAAAGCUUUGAUAAGUGGAACAUGACAUCAGAAGGAAUGUUUGUCCUGUGUUUCUUUGUUUUUUUUGUGGGGGGAUAGAUGAUAGAGAUGCAUAGUGAUUCAUUUUAUUUUGUUUAAGUUUUUUUCCCUGUGUUUUAUUUUACACUGUGGGGACCUAACUGAUGAGGGGCAUCAGAGCUAUAGCGUUUGAAAUACAGAUUUGUAUUCCUAAUGCAACAGUGUUCCUUUUUUCUAAAUGGUUUAUUUUUCUUUUCUGUUUCAUAUUUUAUAAAUAAAUAUCUCUCUCUCUCUCUCUCUCUCUCUCUCUCUCUAUCUAUCUAUCUAUCUAUCUAUCUAUCUAUCUAUAUAUAUAUAUAUAUACUGGGAACACAAAAAUAACACAUCCUAGAUGUAAAUUAAUUAAAUAUUCUUCUGAAAUACUUUGUUCUUUACAUAGUUGAAUGUGCUGACAACAAAAUCACACAAAAAUUAAAAAAUGGAAAUCAAAUUUUUCAACCCAUGGAGGUCUGGAUUUGGAGUCACACUCAAAAUUAAAGUGGAAAAACACACUACAGGCUGAACCAACUUUGAUGUAAUGUCAUUAAAACAAGUCAAAAUGAGGCUCAGUAGUGUGUAUGGCCUCCACGUGCCUUUAUGACCUCCCUACAACGCCUGUGCAUGCUCCUGAUGAGAUGGCGUAUGGUCUCCUGAGUGAUCUCCUCCCAGACCUGGACUAAAGCAUCUGCCAAAUCCUGGACAGUCUGUGGAUGGAGCGAGACAUGAUGUGCUCAAUUGGAUUCAGGGAACAGGCAGGCCAGUCCAUAACAUCAAUGCCUUCGUCUUGCAGGAACUGCUGACACACUCCAGCCACAUGAGGUCUAGCAUUGUCUUGCAUUAGGAGGAGCCCAGGGCCAACCUCACCAGGAUCUGAGGAUCUCAUCUCGGUACCUAAUGGUAGUCAGGCUACCUCUGGCGAGCACAUGGAGGGCUGUGCGGCCCACCAAAGAAAUGCCAACCCACACCAUUACUGACCCACUGCCAAACCGGUCAUGCUGGAGGAUGUUGCAGGCAGCAGAACGUUCUCCACAGCGUCUCCAGACUCUGCUCAAUGUGCUCAGUGUGAACCUGCUUUCAUCUGUGAAGAGCACAGGGCGCCAGUGGCGAAUUUGCCAAUCUUGGUGUUCUCUGGCAAAUGCCAAACGUCCUGCACGGUGUUGGGCUGUAAGCACAACCCCCCACCUGUGGACGUCGGGCCCUCAUACCACCCUCAUGGAAUCUGUUUCUGACCGUUUGAGCAGACACAUGCACAUUUGUGGCCUGCUGGAGGUCAUUUUGCAGGGCUCUGGCAGGCUCCUCCUGUUCCUCCUUGCACAAAGGCAGAGGUAGCGGUCCUGCUGCUGGGUUGUUGCCAUCCUACGGCCUCCUCCACGUCUCCUGACGUACUGGCCUGUCUUCUGGUAGCACCUCCAUGCUCUGGACACUACGCUGACAGACACAACAAACCUUCUUGCCACAGCUCGUAUUGAUGUGCCAUCCUGGAUGAGCUGCACUACCUGAGCCACUUUUGUGGGUUGUAGCUACCACUAGAGUGAAAGCACCGCCAGCAUUCAAAAGUGACCAAAACAUCAGCCAGGAAACAUAGGAACUGAGAAGUGGUGUGUGGUCACCGCCUGCAGAACCACUCCUUUAUUGGGGGUGUCUUACUAAUUGCCUAUAAUUUCCACCUGUUGUCUAUCCCAUUUGCACAAGAGCAUGUGAAAUUGAUUGUCACUCAGUGUUGCUUCCUAAGUGGACAGUUUGAUUUCACAGAAGUGUGAUUGACUUGGAGUGUUGUUUAAGUGUUCCCUUUAUUUUUUUGAGCAGUGUAUGAACACUGUCUCACAAAAGUGAGUACACCCCUCACAUUUUUGUAAAUAUUUUAUAUCUUUUCAUGUGACAACACAGAAGAAAUGACACUCUGCUACAAUGUAAAGUAGUAAGUGUACAGCCUGUGUAACAUUGUAAAUUUGCUGUCCCCUUUAAAAUAACUCAUCACACAUCCAUUAAUGUCUCAUACAGAAAAUGUACACUGUUAUAUAGGCUGUACACUUCCUACUUUACAUUGUAGCAGAGUGUCACGUGAAAAGAUAUAAUAAAAUAUUUACAAAAAUGUGAGGGGUGUACUCACGUUUGUGAGAUACUGUGUGUGUGUGUGUGUGUGUGUAUAUAUAUAUAUAUAUAUUUAUUUAUUUAUUUAUUUUGAUUUUCUCAUUCCUCCUUGGUGGUAUAUUUAUUCCUAAUUCUUGGGUCCUCUACCAGAGGCCUGGGAGUCUGGGGCAUUUGUGCAGUAUCUACCCUUUAUGAUAUCUCCCAUCUGGAGAUGCAGCUCAUAUUCUGUUCAGAUAUUUCGGUACACCAUUCCAGCAACUUGGUUGUGCCUCUACAGUGAAUGCUGUUUCUGCUAACAUCUUGCAUCUGCCUACUAUGUGCUGGAUUGUCUCGAAGGCCUCUUUGCACAGUCUGCACCUUGGGUCUGGCCUGGUGUGGUGGACUCCUGCUUCAAUUGAUAUAUAAUUUUGUUGUGUUCAGUUGAAUGUAUGGACCUUUUGAAAAUGUUAUUACGUAAAACAACUUCUGUAGCCUUCCUUGCAUUUAGGAAAGGGGGAAAAAAGUUAGUUAUAGGAGAAAUAGGAUCCAACUGAUAAAACAUUUUUGAAACUCCUACUCACAAGCUUACAGAAUAAAGGUAAUAUGUUGUUGACCAAGCUGUAUCACUAGAUAAUGUCUCAGUUUUGCAAUUUUCCUGUGAUGGAAAUAAGACUUGGGGUAUGAAUAAUAUGCUCACUUUACCAUUUUCAAUAAAUACAUAGAAACAUAGAAUGUGACGGCAGAUAAGAACCAUUUGGCCCAUCUAGUCUGCCCAAUUUUCUAAAUACUUUCAUUAGUCCCUAGUCUUGUCUUAUAGUUAGGAUAGCCUUAUGCCUAUCCCACGCAUGCUUAAACUCCUUUACCGUGUCAACCUCCACCACUUCAGCUGGAAGGCUAUUCCAUGCAUCCACUACCCUCUCAGUAAAGUAAUACUUCCUGAUAUUAUUUUUAAACAUACAAUUUUUAAAAAUACAUUGUGAUUCCAGCUCUCCCAUCCAAUGUGCAUUUCACAAGCCAUUAUCUAAUUACUAAUGUUUUAGGUAACUAUAUUAAAUUGGCAUUUUUCAUGUUAUGCUCCCUAUCAGUCUAAUUCCUGAAUAUUACAGAAUGUGUUUGUUUGAAUGCAGGUGACCUAUGCAUUUUCCUUGCCUUCCUAUGUGCCGUGAGGCCUCUAAUUAUUUGCUGUUCAUUCACGCCAUGCUAUAAGUGAUCUGGACUUGUUGUUUAGACCAACUAUAAUGGUCAUUUGUGUAUAUAUUUUAAGUAUAAAUUCAAUAAACCUUUCUCUAAAUCUGUUGUAUAUCAUAGGUGGGCCAACAGCAGUGGCUCUUUUCUGUUGCAACUGCCUCCUGUAGUCACUCUCAGAAGUUCCCUAAUUGCUUUGCCGGUUCUUUGGUAGCAUCUCCUUUUUCCUAGUUGUCUUCAAACUGCUUCGGGUCUGCCUUUUCAUUGCCAUUGUCUUCCUCUUGUUUGUCUCAAAGGUGAUGUUCCAUCAUUAGUUGAUAUGAUUCUGACCAAUGUCUGGUUCUUCCAAAAAGAGAAUCUAGUGUUCAGCUUAAUGUUCCUGUAAUGUGAUUGCCACGUCCUAAAGAUUCAUUUUCUUUUGUCACUUCUUUUAGUAUCCUUGUCUUCUGUGUUUGCUGGACAUUAUUUGGAGCCCUCCCUUAAUUUUCCCUUGUGUAUUGCGUAGCAUUCUAAUUCCAUUCUCUGGACAUGAUACUUUUUCCUGUCCUACAGCUAUCCCUAGUCCUCUUUUCUCCCCCUCUUUCUGUCUUCUCUCCUGCUUAAACACUGGCUGUUACAGCCUUAGACUGUGUGGAAAGGGUAUAGUGUUUAAUGUACCAAAAAUGUGUGAAAUGAACAAAGUCUUCCUAUUGCUGUCACUAUUAGCAGUUGCUCAGGAUGAUUGAUCAUUGAAGCAUAAAGUAAUGUUUAUAUGUUAUUUUUUUAAGUAGUCUUUAUUGUAUUGGUUUUCUUAACUUUUUUUUUUUUUUUUUUGGCCUGUUCUGCAUAAACCCUUAGUUGUUUUCUUUUGACCAUGCGUUAUUAAGGACAUAUAGCAGCCAUUGCCAAAAAAAAAUCAGCAGUUGCAGGCACAAACAUUGAAUUUCUGAAACCCGGUCAAGCACAUUUUUGCACUUAUGGAGUAAGAGAGUAGGAUAAUUAAGUAUUAAAUAAAAUGUACCAGUCUAUAAUCAGAAAAAUGGUCUUGCAUAAGAUCAAGCACCAUAUGAAAAAUUUGCUUGCAUGUUGAAAUGUCGCAAUACAGCCUGAUGGAUGCGCAUCUAUGACGCAGGUAAUAUCCAUGUUUCCUUUACAGUAUUCUACAUGUUCAAUCCUGUACUAAUCUUAUGACAUAGUAGCAGUAUGUUAGUAAUAUGUUGAGACUCAGACAUACUUUAUGUUUAAGGUGACCCUGAGAGCAUAUUGAAAGUUCCACAGGAAUAUAUUGAUGAAAACCUCAUGUAAAAUUUUAAACGGAAGGCACAGUUGGUGGUAUUAAAAAAAAAAAAUAAAAAAAUAAAAAAAUUCCCUUUCUUCAGUUACAGAGUACGUUAACUCAUGGGAAUUUCCAUGCAAUAUUGUCCUUAAUUGGCAGUAUCUCAAUUUAAUAAACUGGUACUCUGUUUGAUAUGUGAGUCCAAACGACAAACUGUAGAUCACAAUUUAUUUAAUGGAACUUACAGUAACUUAACAGCUACUGCAUCUUGAUUAAUAAAAAUAAACACGACAACACAAAAAGCAGAUGUACAGGUCAGUGUUCGUUUUGUCGACUAACAAUUUUAUUUAAAUUUUAGUCGACUAAAACUAGACUAAAACUAUAACAUCCAGAUAAUAAAUCCGACUAAAACUAAAAUGGCAUUUUAGAUGCAAGAUUAUGACUAAAACUAAAUUCAAAUUUGCUGCCAAAAUUAACACUGCGCAGAGGGGCUCGGGAAGGGGCAAAAGAGACCGAUAAAGGCUUUAGCUAAACCCAUUAGAUUUUAUAGUCUUGUCGACUAAAGUCUACUGGAGAUUUAGUUGACUAAAAUGUUCUGGAGAUUUAAUCAACUAAAAAAUUCAGAUGACUAAAAUACGACUAGGACUAAAAUUGCUUGUUUUAGUCAAAAGACAAUGACUAAAACUAAAUUGAAAUUUGCUGCCAAAAUUAACACUGGUACAGGUAACAAAGACAAAUGUUUGCUCGAUAUAUUAACAAACCUCUGCUGUUUCUGUCUGUUUCUUUUACUAAACUAUGAAGUAUUAUCAAAAUAUCGAAAAUGGCCUACCUUUUAGUAGUACUGUGCCACAAAGCAAAAUCUUGGAAGUCCCUUGGCGUUCCAGUCCUAUGUUGUUGUUUUUUUAUCAAAUUAAGGUGUGUAUGUUGCCGUAUUCUGUUUGUGUUUUUUAUGGGUGCUGCAGUUGCUUUGUAGAGUUGUAUUUGUCCAUAUGUGGACUGUUAUAUUGUAUAUGUUCAUGAGUAGUUGUAGUAUUGUGAAUGAUACCUAUGAAUGUUGGCUGUGUAGGGAGGCUGCUUGUGGAAUUAUGUGUGUGUAUAUGAUAUGUCAAAUAGUGUGUUUGGUUUGUGUAUGUGUGGUACUGCUUGUGGCAGGGCUCGACAAAUCCUGGGCUCCAGAUCGCCAUGGCAACUAGAAAUUUUGUGUAGAUUGCCAGUGGUGUUGUGUUUGUGUGAGGACAGUUUAUAUUAUUUGUAUGACAGGGAGGCUUCUCCUGGAACUCUGUGUAUGUCUAGGAGUGUAGGUGGCUUUCCUGGUGUCCAUCGGGGACUUGGCUGACCAAGUACUGGUCAAGGGCAGGAGCUGCUCUGGGUUGCUAUACUCCAGUGUGGAUUCCUGUCCACAAGUGCUGGAAGGAAGUGAUCUGAGAUCACUUCCUCUACGUGCUGCAAUGCAUAAAUUAAGUAUUGUUGCUCAUCAACUGCAAUCACUGUUGAUUUGCACUAGCAAGUCCUAUUGGGACUCCUGAUAAGCCAAUGCCUGUUUGUCUCUGGCAUUCCUGAGUGCCAUACAAAGGCUUUGAGUGCUAUGAGUGGCACGUGUGCCAAUGGUUGCCAACCCCUGAUUUUGAAUAUUUUCUUUGCAUUUUACAACGGUUUUUGAUUGCUAAUUGCAAAUAUCUGAUAGUGGAGACAUCCCUCUGGAGAAAUUGAGAGCCAAUUGAGCUUGAUGUUAAUUUAUGGGUUCCUUCAAACCUGGGAGAUAUGGUAGCAUUGAGUAUGUAGCAUUAGGUGGUUGUUGGUAUGUUUAUAAUUAUGAUGUAGUCACAGCUGUUGGUAUGAUCAUUCUGACCACUAUUUUGCUGGUUAUUUGCUUUCAGAAACUAUUGUAGUGAGAGGAGCUCUUUUGGUCGCUACGUAGUAUUACAGGUGCUAUAAUGCACUUAGUCAUGCAGAAUGACUGCAUUUCAAAAUUGUUAUUUUUGUAAUCCAUUGAGAAAAAAAUGUUAGGAAUCAUAAAAGUUUAAUGCAGGAUAUAUUUCUUACUAAAAGACAAACAAGCAAUAAAAGGCGCUAAAAGUGCAUAAUAUUAAUAUAAAUUCAAAGGUAAUAAAGGUAGAGCAGCACCUAAAAGUGUACAAGCUCAUAAAACACCAUCCAGAAAAUACAAAUGAAAUAGGUGCGCUGUACCUUUAAAUAUUAAAAGUGCAAGUAGUGCAUUAACUAGUGCAAAAACAAGGAGUGUGUACACAAUAUAACCACACUCAGUGUAACGUAUGUGCAAAAUUGCAAGUGAAAUGGUGAAAAACCAAUAUCCGAAUAAUAACUUACAGAGAAAAUGUAUAUCUCCUUUGCUCCAAAUCAAAUGAGAACAUAUGUAAAGAAAGAUAUAAAAUGAAGAAACAUAGUAUAAUAUUGUUUAAAAAUGAGUAUUAAAAACCAACAAUAUAAAGAUUGGAAUAUCACAUUUUUCUUUACAUAUGUUCUCAUUUGAUUUGGAGCAUCAAAGGAGAUAUACAUUUUCUCUGUAGGAUAUAUUUCUUAUUAGAUAAGUACAAGUGCGUAGAGGUUACAAUAUUAACCUAUUGUUAAGACACCCCUGGUGUCUUUAAGAGAAACCGCCGUUUAGUUCACCUUCCCCUUUCGCAAUAUCAGUAAUUCAUUCGGAUAAACUGUAAUCCACGAACCAUAACCAGGGGAAGCGGUACUAUCCCGACCGGGAUCCGUGAAAGGCUCCAAACUCCCGAACAUAAAUCCACUAACCGCCGAACAAAGAUAUCCACCAAGCGGCUUUCGGUUCCAAUAAUCAGUCUCUAGACGCAAAUAAUAAAUCCCCCCAAUAACGAGACAGAAGCUCCGCAUUGAGGGUCAAACAGGAUCUGGCUUUACUGUGGGCUACCUGCCCGUAUUUAUGCAGGUCUCCCACUUGGUGGACACUCCUCUAGGGGACCAAAUGGGAGACUGAAAUUACAGAUGGACAUGGGGACAGUUCAGACAUACAAUCACAGGCUUUUCCCACAAUGCAAUAUGGUUUCCUCCCCUCUGCCCUGGAGAUAAUUGAGAAGUAAUUCAAUUAUCUCCAGGACAAAGACAAAUCGCCAUCUUAAAUACAAUACCAGAAAAUACAUAACUUUAUAAUAACCGAACAUUUCACAUUCGCAUCACAUAUCCCCAGAUAGCCUGGAUCUGAGUGCAUAUUAUUGGCGAAUAGCGCUCAGAUCCCACACACAUAGUUAAAUCGCCAUGGAGUCAAAGUUCUUACAGUCUUUCGGUAUGCGAUUGACUCCAUGGGAAGGCUAUCUGGGUUAAGUCCUUUCGUGUGUUUCAAAACUCCCGAACGGCCGGUGUUCGUACGCUUUCAUCGAGGCAGCCAGGCGACCUGUUGUUUCAGCGGUGUUCGGCAGAAAAAGUGUCCGUUUUUAGUUUCCAUGGAAUCAGUGCCAAACACCGCUGGGCUUUCGUGCGUUUUAAAAUGGCCGCUGCCUCGUGGUCGACAUACGAACAACGACAACCCUGAAUUCGUUUAAUUGAGAACUGUCUGCGGUUAACCACAACGUUCUAAUUGGGAUCAAGAGGUUAACCAGCAGCACACUUCUUCUUCUGGGUGGCCAUCCAUUCGGUCAGUUUGUUCGGUGAAAACAGUCAUUCGUAUGGCUAGGCUAUGGAAACAGCCAUUUACACGAUAGGGGACAGAAAUAGACGAAUCCACCACAAUAGACAGACAGGUGGCUCUGUCACACCUAUGUUUCCUCUUUGAGAACCCAGUCAAUCCAUUCAUCUUUCUUACCUAAGUAAGCAACUUGGGAACAACUUGAGUUUAUCAGUUUAUCAUCAAUCUCAACAGCAAUAAAACUCUCAGUAAUGUACGGUAUGUAUGAAUGCGUCAUAGAGAUCUUUAGUAAUAAAAUACAUAGUAGUGUUUGGGGUGUAUCACAGGACUCCACAGCAAUAAAAUGCGAAGUAAUGUGCCGUAUGUAACUCAGAGCACCAGCACUACAAAAUUCACAUACUGUUAAAUUAGGACCUGAGAAGAUAGUUGACAUAGGAAUUGCACAUUAUAGGCCAAAAUAGUCAAGCUGAAAAAAGAGCAUCUCUCUACAAAAAUACCGUCACUCCAAGGUUUUCAUUCAGGUAGGUUUUGUUUUUUUUAAACGAAUUCCAACAAGUCAACGUCUCUGUAGGGCAGGUGGCACGCCGUGCCCUCUCUGUGGGCAUGCAGCCAUAGGUUCACCAUCAAUGCAGAGUAGGAAACGGCAGGCGCCUACUCUGCUUUCUUGUCGGCAGGACCGGAAUCAGGGGGGAGGGAUCGAGGAAGCUGCUCUCCUGUCCUCCCUCGAACUGUGUGGAGCGUUGCCGCAGGUUAUCAUGGCAACGCUCCACACAGCAUUGCGCGGGAGGACAGAAGAGCUGCAGGCUCCUGUCCUACAUACUUACCACCACCGGACCACCAGGGGGAAUACUGAAUCAAUAUGCUUUUAAAAAAAAAAAAAAGUUUUUAAUGUAUCUUCAACUCCCCCCCAACACAGUACCGCUGCUAAAUAAACAUUAGAAACUUAAUAUUACUUUUCUGUUGUGGGUGCUUUGCCCUCUUUAGAACGUGGGUGAGUAUGUGCCUGGUUCCCUCAAUCUCCCCAAACUUAGGAACUCAGAUCUCGCUGUUUGAUUGUUCUUGCCUUCCCCCACUUCUUCAGGGAUCCCCCUCAGGCGUAUAUUUCGCCUGUGUCUGGACUCCAGGGAGGCCACUGUGUGGUGCAAUCUCUAGACCUGCAGCGUGAGUCUGUCCAUUCGGGACUCUGUGGAGUGCAGCUGUGCUUCCCGGGCUGUGUCUUUCUCCUCUACUUCUUUUAGCCGCUUCUGCCUAAACCCCAUGUCCUGCCGUAUUUCCUGGAGGUCAUCCUUCCAUAUUUCCUUCCACAUAAGCACGUCUAGUCAGUCUCUGUCAGCCACGCCCCCAAAUAAAACAGAGAUGAUACUCUAUUAACCCCUAAAGUAUUUCAGCUGAAGUGCAUUAAGGCUUUGGAGCAUUCUUUUAAGACCUAUUUUGGAAUUUUACUGCACAUACUGAGUUAUCUGCACUUUUGUGCAGGGAGCUAGUUGCACCACCAGCACUUGUGAGUUCCAGGCUGCCUAGUGUCAAUUCUGUGCAUAGAAUAUGUCAGUUGUCCACACACUGGCAACAGACUAUUGAGUUUCCUCUUGCAGGUGCAGAAGUGUUUUUCUCCCCUCUCCUCCUUCCCCAAUAAAAUUGCUCUUUUAAAAUUAAAUGGUGACAAGAGGGAGGAUGUGUGGUAGUAUGGCCUAGUGGACUGCUUUAUCCUCUGCCUUUUCUGAGAAAGCUGAUAGCAGCAAGCAUGUUGUAACUGGAGUGGAGCUGCCAGCAUCAGCGUAGAACUGAGAAAGAUGCCAGUGUUGAGGGAGGAGCAUCAGGCACUGACACAAAUUGAGUUUUCAGAUUGAAAGAGGUAUGUGAGAAAGGGGGUAAGUUGGGGGACACUUGUCAAAGUAUGAUCGCUAAAUAAAUGAAACAUUUUGUGACCGAGCCAACUUAAAUCUGAAUGCUGAGGCAAAAAGUUGAAUAAUUUUUCCAAAUCAACUAUUUUAGAUAUUUUUUUCCACUCUAAUUUAGUCUUCACUCUAAUUAGAGCCAAAGGUCAAUAUGAGCUCCUGAUAAGCUGUGUAUUAGUUUGGAUCGAUUUAAAGUCUUAUUGGUAGCUGAUAAUUAUCAGUUUGAAUUUCGAAACUGGUAACUAUAAUUUACAUUUGAAUAUAUUGGAUAAGGUGAUUUAAUUCCACUUAACCCCUAAUAAAUGGCUAAAGUUGUUGCUAAAAAAAAUUUCAACUAUUGGUGGUAGCACUAACUUUUCACUAUAAUUUACAACAUAGCGACUAGGCAGCUGUUGCUGAUAAAUCACUAAUAAAAUAAAUGGGGGAACUAGGCAAACGUUACCCCCAGUGUCCUUACCCAUGGGCAUCGCGUGGGGGUUUAAACUUUAAAUAGGGAGUGGACAGGUCACUGUUCACCUCCACCCCCCACUCAUGGCCAGCAUGUGGUGGAUAAUAAUUAAAUAAACAAGGGGUCUAGUGUCUAACCAACCUCCAUCCUUGUUUAGUGUGUGGGGGCUGUUAAAAGAUUAACCCAAUUAAAAAAAGAAGAAAAAAAAUCUGUUUCCUCUCCUCACCCUAAUAGUAGUGAGGGAGGUGCCCAAUAACUCCUGGGAAAAAAACCAAGAAGGAAAUAAAAAAUCACACAGACCUUUUUUUUCCUUCUUACAACUUCUUUUCCUCAGCCCACAAAAGGCCAAAUUUUAAUCCAGACAUACUGACUGUACUCCCCCUUCUAUAUGUUUCAUUUGCUCACACCCACCAAUCAUGGGCAGGGCCUGCAAAGACCCUAGGUCUCCAUGUUUAUUUAUUAGCACCCACAUUAAAGGAACACUAUAGUCACCUAAAUUACUUUAGCUAAAUAAAGCAGUUUUAGUGUAUAGAUCAUUCCCCUGCAAUUUCACUGCUCAAUUCACUGUCAUUUAGGAGUUAAAGGACCACUAUAGGCACCCAGACCACUUCAGCUUAAUGAAGUGGUCUGGGUGCCAGGUCCAGCUAGGGUUAACCCUUUUUUUUUUUUUUUUUAUAAACAUAGCAGCUGCUAUGUUUAUAAAUGGGUUAAACCAGCCUCCAGUGGCUGUCUCUUGACAGCCGCUAGAGGCGCUUGCGUGCUUCUCACUUUGAAAAUCACAGUAUGUUUGUUUUUCUGGCACUAUAGUGGUCCUUUAAAUCACUUUGUUUCUGUUUAUACAGCCCUAGCCACACCUCCCCUGGCUAUGAUUAACAGAGCCUGCAUGAAAAAAAAACUGGUUUCACUUUCAAACAGAUGUAAUUUACCUUAAAUAAUUGUAUCUCAACCUCUAAAUUGAACUUUAAUCACAUACAGGAGGCAUAAAGCUAAAGUUGUUCAGGUGACUAUAGUGUCCCUUUAAGGUGCUCCCUGUAUUGUAUAAGUGACUGGACAGCACUUUCCAAGUGGAUUCCAGAGUGCACAUGUGCAUGCAGGGAGCAUUGUGAAAUGAAGACAGAUUCCUGACCAGGACAUGCUGUGGAAGUAUUUUUGUACGUGUCUUUGCUGUUUAUCUCAUCAGUGUAAACGCUUCGGUAAUAUUAACUAAAAGAUUAAGAAACUAAUUUUCAAAGAUGUGACACUUCCUUUUUUUAUUGCAUUAUGUAAAUACAUUCUAAAUAAUGCAAAAGAAAACGUAACUAUACAAAAUACCAGAAAAAAAAGCACUUGGCUGCUGAACUUUUUUCAGGUGAAUGGUACUCUUCCAAAUGUACCACCAGCACUUUUAAUAUGCAUGCGCAACAUAAUACACGUGUGAUUCUAAGCCUAGUAUACAUACAUACUCCUUUCAGUGCUUUCCUAUUGAAAGCACUUGGACCAGAGCAGUAGUCACAAGUAUAUUGCUUUUGGCUCCUGUCAUUGUUGGUAUACAAACACACAUUUAAUGUUGGAAAUGGAAUCAGAAAUAGUUUUAGUUUUUUCUCUUUUCUUUCAAAUACGGUUCUUGCUUUGCCUCUCUCACGUUAGCCUCCUUUACCUGAUGUUUAUGAAAGUUCUGUCCUACAAAUUUAUUUUACUCCUGUUGUGGAACUUCAUAUCAUAGCAGUGAAGAAAAGAACUAAAAGACUAAUUCAAAUUCAGGAACAUUUUCAAGAAAAUGUUCAAAACGUAAAUAGAGACAAAAGCAAACCACUAGAGCUGAAAUAUUAAAGCACACAUUCUAGGGAAUUUAGAAUUUCUGAAAGUUUAGUUUGAAAAGCAAAACACACCUUGGGGACCAAUGGUAUAUUAUGGGUUUCCUGUCAAAUUUUUUACAAAUGUAUUUAUUUAUUUCAAUAUUAUUAUUUGAAACCGUACUGUCACCAACUCAACUCCACAGAGCAUUUAACAGGACACUGUAGGCACUAUAACCAUUUCAUCUAGUUGUUUAGGUUAUAGUGCCUGGAGUCCCCUGGCACUGGCUCUCCUUUCAGUGUUAACCCAUUUUAAGCAGUUUAACAAUGAAUGACGGUCCCUGGUUUAUAUAGCUCCACCCCACUGGAGGUGUGGUUAAGGCAGAGAUGACAAACUUCCUUCUAGCUGUACCAAUUCAUACCUGAAUAGGCACUGUGAUCGCUGAAAUGAAAUCUGAAAAAGCACCAGGCAACACUCCCAGGAUGCUGAUAGGUGUAUGUUUAUUUAGGGGGAAGGCCAUCAUCCCCCUGUUAAUUCAGAGCACCUUCUGGCUAGAUAGACGGUUGAAUUAAGUGGAACCUUGCGUAUAGUGUAUGCUAGGAAUUCUCAUAUAACAUUGAAUCAUUAAAACCGGUUUAAUGGUGAAUGGAUGGAAAAAAAUGGUGCCAGAGGACAAAAGUACACCAAGGAAUUACAGCAGGACAGGUCUAAAAAUCUGGACCAUCCGGUGAAAUCAGGAUUAUUGAGAGGCAUGUCAGUUGAAUCUAUAGCAUGAAUGUCUGGAAUAAAUGAAUUGCACCAUACCUCAUGGCAGUUCGCUGCCAACGCGAAACUCCAUAAGAGUUAUAAAUCCAUGCCCAAAGCUCAGGUGGAUACACUGAAACAGCAAAGUCAAGAUGUUCACUUAAAACUAAAUAUCUAUUAUGUAAUAUCCAACUCACUGCUCUGAGUAAGCUCCCAGUAUGAUGAAAACGUGUCAAACUUUAUGAUCAAACUUGCUGUCAGUGAGUUGCCCCUCUACUGCUGUUUGCUGCCGUGGGUUUCCUCAGUAUUUUUUCAUUGUUUUGGAAAGAGCUAUUACACUAUAAAUUGUUUCUGUGGCUCCAUUUGUCCUUUGUGCAUUUGUCAUUUGACUCCCUUUACCAAUAAUUUAUUUAUUUAUUUAUUUUUUAUGGAUACACCGCUAGAACAACAUACGACAAGACAUCAAUUCUGAAUAUACAAUGUAGUUCAGGGAUAAAUUAAAUUCAUGUAGCUUUGCACACAUGUAUUGUUUUCAUUUUUUCUUUACUCAAAAGUAGCACUAAGUAUAUGGCAUCCCUUAUCGUUCAUCAGUUCAGGCAAUCUGAAAUACUGGAGUUGAAUAUAGUGUGUCUCGAGUACAUUAAAGGACCACUAAAGUCACCCAGACCACUUCAUGUCAAUAAAGUGGUGUGGGAGCAGUGUUUCUGUCAUUUUAGCAGUGCGAUGUAAAGUUCUGUGAAAAUUGCAAUGUUUACAUUGCACAUUUAAAUACAAAUCUACUAGAUGUCUUCCUGCUUCAGAACCUAGUGAAACUCGGUGUUGGAAUCAAAUGUUGCUGAUAUCAUAUUGAUUGAAGGAGCAUAGUGUUUGACCGCACAUGACUAUUUCCCAUCCAGUGUUUCUGUAUGAGAAGCAUUGGAUUGGACAAGAUCGCAGAAGUCAUGACAUAAUUGUUGUUGGAGCUAGCGGCUGUAGAAAAGGAGCCCAGGAGCUGGAAACGAGGUGAGUUAUCGCUCCAUCCCGCCUCUUUGGCUGAGAUCAUGGUGAUUGCAAUGAAAAAACUCUGCCAUUGUGCAGAACCACAAUGUAUUCACUUGCAGUGUUCAAAAUGGGGGUACAUAAGGUUCCUAUGGUUCUCUUUGACUAAUAAAGGAAAAUUCAUUAUGAGGAAAAAUAGUCACUGUACAUAUAUAUAUGAAAUAGAUGUUAAACAAAUUAGUUACACAAACAAAACAGUUAAAAUAAAAAGGAGAAGAUUAACAGAAAAUCCUGUUUACUCAUUUUGCUAGUAUAGUAAUUGUAUCUUAUGUUUCUACAGUGUUCCAGCAUAGAAAAUGGCAAUUUGCUAAAAAUUAGAUUUUUACUCCCAGUAAGCAAUUUGUAAUUUGUGUGUCAAAUUUUAUAGCCUUUGUGCUAAUCUCAAUCUUCCAAGCUGGCCCCAAAGGAUAUACAGGGUAUAGGGCAGACGUGACUGUUUAUUCUAUGUUGAUGACACCUCCCACCUCCCCUAUGGGCAAUGUAAACACCCGUUUAUAUAAAAAAAGAAAAAAAUAUAUUACUUGCUUUACACCAGGCACAGAUUUUUUUUUUUUUAGAUCUGUGGAAUUGUUGCAAUUGUUCCAAAGACACCUUAAUAGACCAGUCUGCAUACUUAGAGUAGUUGACUUCCCUAAUUCUCUCCAACGGCUUAAGGAACACUUGUCAUGUAUGGACCUUUUUUAUUUAUUUAGGAAAUACUGUCCGCAUUCUGAAUAUAUAUAACAGGGUAUGAUUAUUAACCUAUGGAUUAUUAUUGUUUUUUGGUUAUGACUUUUAGCAGAGAAAUUGUCUAAUGACUCACUCAGCCAGCCCCACACACACAUAUUGGCAUUAAGUUAUGCCUGGCCUGUAAAGGAGAUCUGUGUACAUUAAUACACACCUCUCAACUCCAGUGUCCUCCGAAUCGGGACGCUUGUGUGAGGGAGGCCAGUGACCUGAUUAUGUCACUAUCUCUGAUCCCAAAAAGGCUUACCUGCAAGAAAGGCGGCAGACCUGUCUGAUUGCUAUGAUUGUUGGGGUUAGAUCUCCAGUGUCCCCUAAAGCAGGACUGCAGUGAACUAAGGCGGGCAGUGGGACAGGACUCGAAAAUCAGAAGUGUCCUGCCGAAAUUGGUAUGGUUGAGUGGUAUGCAUUAAAGGGCGAUUAGGGAAAUCAGAGCGUCCUCUUUGGCUGGUGCUGUCCUGAGUAGGAGCGCAGGGGAGAUCGUAUGAUCUCCCCUGUUGGCCGUGGCCCAUGGCCAAAAUGGCCCACCAGGCAUUGGCCAAUGGACAGUCUGGGCCUGUUUCGGCUGUGGGGCACUCGUUACUUGCACUGCUUGAUCUGUCCUAAAUUGAAGGGAGCGUAAAGUUGAGACUCCCACUCUCUUCAGUUAGCAACAUUUCUGGCUGGGGCAAGGAAAGUCCGGGAUUAACGAGAGCUUUGCAUGGAAGUGGAAUAACACAGGCUCUCAUCACCCUGAAUUAGGUUAAUAUAAAGACCAUAUGAGUGCAGCCAGGCCUCUGGUCCACAUACCUUAGGCAUCAAUGGAGGCAAAACAAAACAUGUCGUACAGUACUUGCAUUGCAUCUCAUUGGGCUGUCCCCGUCUUCUCUUUACAGAUUGCAGGCUCUCCCAGCAGUUUCGCUGUGUACGUACACUGCCAGAGAGGACAAUACAAUUGGGAACAAUUUGAGUUGUUGCUUGAGGGACCGGGUUUUGAUGCAGAGAGCAAUGCUUUUUUUUUUGUUGUAUUACUAAAUGAGUGAGAACUGAAAUGCCAAAAAAAGUCUGUAAAUCUGAAAGAGAAGAAAAGGGCACUAUAGGCUGAUGAAUCAUAGCCUGAGCACCAAUGGGCUGCAGUGACUACCUGAGAGUGUCACAAUCGCCCAUUGCUGGCGUUAAUUGUUAUGGCCAAGGAAGUGUGAAAUCUGAAGGUAAGAUCUAUAGAAGCAUUUUUUUUCAAGGAAAUUCAGCUCAAGUUAGGAGAAUGUGUAAUCAGAUUUGUUUUAUUGUCUCUUGUAAAAUAAAUAGAAGGGGAUUUAAUAUGGGGUGGGAAAUCAAAUAAAGCACAAGACCAAUUCUUUUGUGUUCUUGGCUCAUGCUACAGUUAGCAAGUGCAUAAGCUGAGUCAUGCUGGCUGGGCUGCCAAAGCUGUGUCCCAUGUUUUCUAAAAAAGGGUCACAAGACUGACAUCCAGUUUCAAACUUUUCCUAACCCCAUGACCCACUGGCAUUAGGAACAUAAUGUAGAGAGGUCAACAGAAGCUGGUGCAAAGCACGAUGUCUGCCACUUUGUCCAUCCCCGCCCUUUUCUUGAAUCAAUUUUAUUCAUAAGUGCAAUAUGUGCGUGAGUUUCUUUGACCUGAAUUCAAGGUGGUUUUGCAAGAUGAUCUUAUCCAUGUCAGAUAGAGGUCAAAGUUUUCAACUUCUAAAGGAACAUUAAUGAAUGCCACAGCCCCAUAGGUUGGUCUAUCAGAGUUUAUAUCUUGGAAAGUUUUUAAGUGUAUUUCUUAGUUAACAAUAGGGUUUUUCCAGAACAUUAUAACCAUACUACGUUUAUUACUAAAGUGUUAAAGUAGUAAAGUGCUAAAGUGUUGCUGCUACAGAGUGGCUUUUAAAAUUUGUCGCAAGUUACUUGGUAGCCAGCAGAAAGAUAUAUUAUGGCACGGUUAGGCAACCUUUGGCCUCCCAUACAUUGUGGACUACAUCUCCCAUAAUGCUCCUACAGCCCCUAAUGCUGGCAAAGCAUCAAGUGACAUGUAGUCAGAGGCGGCCCUCUAAUUAGGCGGCCGCCUAAGGCCUCACGCUGGCUGGGGCCUCACGGUCACCUAAACCGCCUGUGGGCAGACUGUGUCGGGUCCUCGGUCAGUGACUGAGGACCCGACACCAGGAGGGGGCCUGGUGGCUUGCCCAGUAUGCCGCCAGGUGCAAGGCCCCUCCUGGCUGCCCGGCCAGCCAUCAGACACUGGUUUGCAGCUCUGCAGUGAGCAGAGCUGCAGACCAUGUGUCUUGCGAAAACUGGCCAAUCAGAGCGUUGCCGCGGGUUACCACGGCAACGCUCUGAUGGUCUUGUGAGAUUACAUUGUCUGCAGCUCUGCGGAGCUGCAGACCGGAAGUAAUGACCACCAGGCAGCCCACACUGGACCAUCAAGGAGCCCACUGGACCACCAGGGAAGAAAAGGUAUGUUGUCUUCCCCCCCUCUCCACAUUACCCCCCUCCCUCAGCAUCAACCCCCAACUAUCACCACCCUCAUCAUUACCCCCCUCCCUCAGCACCCCCCUCAGCAUCACCCCUCCUCACCUCCCUCAGCAUUACCCCCUCCUUCAACAUCACCCCCAGCAUCACCCCCUUCACUAUCACCCCCCCUCACCACCCUCAGCAUUACCCUCCUCGGCAUCAACCCCCUCACUAUCAACCCUUCCUUACCAUCACCACCUCUCUCAGCAUUACCCCCCUCCUUCAGCAUCAACCCCCCUCACUAUCACCCCUCCCUCUCUAUCUCCUCACCAUCACCCCUCACUAUCACCACCCUCAGCAUUACCCCUUCACAUUACCCCCUUCCUCAGCAUCACCCCCCACCAUAACAACCCCAAGACCAUAAUCUCUCCCCACCAUCAAGCCCCCCCUCCUCCCGAUCACCCCCCUCCCUCAGCAUCAGCCCCCUCCCUCACCAUCAACCCCCCUCCCACACCCAUCCCACCCCUCACAUCCAGCCCCCUCCCUCACAGCUGCCCCUCACAUCACUCACCCUCACAUCAACCCCUCUCACCAUCAACCCCCUCCCUCAACAUCAACUCACCAUCACCCUCUGUCACCAUCAGCCCCUCUCACCAUUACCCGCCUCUUCCUCUCACCAUCACCCCUUCUCCCUCUCACCAUCACCCCCUCUCCCUCUCACCAUCACCCCCUCUCACCAUCACCCCCACCCAUACACACAACACACUUCAAGCAGCUACCCCAGACACAUAGGGUCCCAGACAAAAACGCAAACAUGCUCACAGAGACAUACAUUCUCACACACAAACACACAAGGAUAAUCUCUGUCAGACACACUCUCAGGCACAUACACAGGUAAACUGUGCAUCAGUGUAUAUAUGUGACAGUGUACGUGUAUUGCAACAAAUUUUUUUUUUCACUUUUUUGUUAGUGCAGCCUCAUGUUUGAGUUUCGCCUAAAGCCUCAUAAAGUCUAGAGCCACCUCUGCAUGUAGUCCACAACAUCUCAAGUAGUGAAGGUUGCCUAUUGAAUUUACAUUAUGCAUGAUAAGCUUAUGGAAUGUCUCCAUACAUUCUCCUUUUGGGUACACUAUUUUCACUAUGUUGUCACUAUGUUAUAUUGCUUUUUCUGUGGUGCUAUAUAUGAACAAUAUUCCUGACAACUUGUGGCAUAAAGUUAAUAGAAUGACUUAAUCAUAACAGGGAUAUCACCAAAGAGCUAUCAUCUUAAAAAAACCAUGGGAGUCUACCAGAAUAUCUCUGUAUCUAAAUUGUAAUUCUGCCUGUUUGAAAACGUGUGAUUUGUGUUGGCCCAACUUUAGUCAUUUAUUAUCUGUGUGUGUGUGUGUGUGUGUGUGUGUGUAUUUUUAUUUAUAUAUAUAUAUAUAUCUAUAUAUAUAUAUAUAAUACACACAAUCAAUGUGUCUGUGUGUAUAUAUGUAUGUGAGUGAUUGUAUUCAUAUACUGAUUUUGAAUAUAGAUAAAGCAAAACGAUGCAGACUUAAGGGUCAAAGACAUCUUGACUCCAAAGUCCGCAACGUAAAAGGACAAUAUGGGUAAUGAAGGUCAUAAACCCUAAUUUGAAUAUACAGAAAAGAAAAACCCUGGUGGACCAGAAGAGUAAAGGGCAAACUGCCGUUCCUCUAAUGUUCCACCCAGGGAAUACCCACAGCAGUGAGGGCGACCCAGGGGGCACACUAUAAAAUAAAAAAUUGGUUCAAAAAAUCUUUAUUAGAUAAAUAAAUAAUGGUGCAACACACAAACGUGCUAGUGAAAUUAAAAAGGAAAAAGCUUGAUGCAGCCUCAAUUUACCCUCGCUAUUAUAGACAUAAAUGGCUAUAGGUUAAUAGAGAUAAAUUAAACCUACACCGUCAGAAUGAUAAUAAUAUGGUCACUAAAUGGGGGUAUAACUUUAAUAGUUAGUAACCAGUCACUAAUCUGUAGUGUUCUGGAUAGUGAAUAAAGAAGUAUUACAAUAUAUUUAACUUGAGUUAUGAAGUGAAAAAUUCAAACCAUAUCUCUAUCCUAUUUGAGAGAUAUAGAGUUGAUAAAUUAGAAGUUGGAUUAUUAGGGUAAUCACAGCUAAAAAGCAAGCAAGGAGGUUAAAGUAAAUUCAGUUACCAUAUGCUGAAUGGAUCCCCCAGAUGUUACUGCAUGCGAUAACCCAAUGCUUAAUCCUAAGAAAUCCUCAUGAUUUAAAAUAUAUAUAUAUAUAUAUAUAUAUAUAUGUAUGUAUGUGUAUAUAUAUAUAUAUAUAUAUAUAUGUAUAUAUCUUCAAUAGAUCUCUUUCUGCUACUAGAAAGAAAUAGAAACUGGGUAGCCUGAAACAGUCUCCUAUAUUAUUAGAGAGAUAGUAGAACCCUCCAAAUGGGUGGAUUAACUAAGGAAACCAUAGCUUGACAUAGGAAUAGAGAAUUAUUAGUAACAUUGUAAUAUGGAAAAGUAUCCUAGUCUUUGUUGCAUACGUUGGAUCCAAAAUGUAAAUAUAUUACUUGCUUUACACCAGGCACAGAUUUUUUUUUUUUUAGAUCUGUGGAAUUGUUGCAAUUGUUCCAAAGACACCUUAAUAGACCAGUCUGCAUACUUAGAGUAGUUGACUUCCCUAAUUCUCUCCAACGGCUUAAGGAACACUUGUCAUGUAUGGACCUUUUUUAUUUAUUUAGGAAAUACUGUCCGCAUUCUGAAUAUAUAUAACAGGGUAUGAUUAUUAACCUAUGGAUUAUUAUUGUUUUUUGGUUAUGACUUUUAGCAGAGAAAUUGUCUAAUGACUCACUCAGCCAGCCCCACACACACAUAUUGGCAUUAAGUUAUGCCUGGCCUGUAAAGGAGAUCUGUGUACAUUAAUACACACCUCUCAACUCCAGUGUCCUCCGAAUCGGGACGCUUGUGUGAGGGAGGCCAGUGACCUGAUUAUGUCACUAUCUCUGAUCCCAAAAAGGCUUACCUGCAAGAAAGGCGGCAGACCUGUCUGAUUGCUAUGAUUGUUGGGGUUAGAUCUCCAGUGUCCCCUAAAGCAGGACUGCAGUGAACUAAGGCGGGCAGUGGGACAGGACUCGAAAAUCCUCAUGAUUUAAAAUAUAUAUAUAUAUAUAUAUAUAUAUAUAUAUAUAUAUAUAUGUGUAUAUAUCUUCAAUAGAUCUCUUUCUGCUACUAGAAAGAAAUAGAAACUGGGUAGCCUGAAACAGUCUCCUAUAUUAUUAGAGAGAUAGUAGAACCCUCCAAAUGGGUGGAUUAACUAAGGAAACCAUAGCUUGACAUAGGAAUAGAGAAUUAUUAGUAACAUUGUAAUAUGGAAAAGUAUCCUAGUCUUUGUUGCAUACGUUGGAUCCAAAAUGUAAUCCUAAGUGAUACUUUAGGAAAAGCAGUCUAAUGAUUAGACCUCAGAAACUCUGGAAUCAGUCUCUAAGUCUAAUUAAACAACCAGAUACAAAGCCCCCCUUUUUGAAAGGGUCUAAAUUGCCUCUAAAUAACUUAAUAAAUUGUAGCAAAUAAACUGCUGACACUAUCUAAAUGUAUCCAAAGAAGGUAAGUGUCAGAGAGUCACGAUAGUACAGCCACCUAAGUUCAAUCCUAAAAAGGAGUGAAUAGUGUAUCAGGCAAGGCUCUAGAAAUAAAUAAAUAGAAAGCCUCCCUACUACAGAAGUUCUCCACAAUCUGCUAUUGAAUGAACUACUGUGUGAACAGGCUAUAGUUAUCGGCUGCUAAUAUCUAAUCAGCCCCGGACCAACUAAGGGUAAAUGUACUGCAAACAAGACUUCUACCUAAUAAAAAAACCCUGUCUAAUUCAACGCACGUUUCAGCGCACUAGGGCGCAUUUGUUGUCCCCAAGAAAUUCCCCUGCUUCCUCAUUCCUCACUAGCUUUGAAGAUGUGUAAAAGAUAAAAAGGAUAUUGUCACCUUUUUCUUCUUUACAACUUCUCUCUACUAAUUAUCUUGUUUACCAAGUAGUGCAGUGGCACAGAGCAUAGGUCUUGGCUAACUGUGCAUGUUUUUUUUUUUUUUUCCUGGUUGGCAGAGCUUAGAUGAGGACUGGGAAUGAGAAUCCACAGACUGAGUGCAAUAGUAGUUAAGGUAUAAGAUACAGUUUUAAAGGGACACUAUAGUCACCCAGACCACUUCAGCUCAAUGAAGUGGUCUGCGUGCCAGGUUCCCUCUAGGGUUAACCCUGCCUGCUGUAAACAUAGCAAUUUCAGAGAAACUGCUAUGUUUACAUUUGGGGUUAGGCCAGCCUCUAGUGGCUGUCUUCCAGACAGCCACUAGAGGCGCAUCUGCGACGCUGGAGGCACCACGCAGAGCGUCCAUAGGAAAGCAUUGAAAAAUGCUUUCCUAUGGACACUUUGAAUGCGCGCGCGGCACUGUCGCUGAUGGGGGAGCUGACGGCGGGGGAGGAGAAGUAAGGGAGCCCGGCGGUUGAAGGAGGUGAGUAACUGAAGGGGUUGCAGGCACCCUCAGGGUACUAUAGUGUCAGGAAAAGCGAUUUGUUUUCCUGACACUAUAGUGAUCCUUUAAGGUCAGUUGGACCAAAUCAAAUCUAGAGACUAAAUGACAAAUCUUGAGAUUUGUGAAAAGUUUAUGUAAAUUAAAGGUACACUAUAGGGUCAGGAACACAACCAUGUAUUCCUGACCCUAUAGUGCAAAAACCACCAUUUAGGUGGCGGUCCUCCCCCCCACCCCACCCUUACCCCACUUAAAAUUUUAUAAAAUUCACCUAAAUUUCCAGCGCCGUGCGGGUCCGCUGGCACAGGCCCCGCUACUUUGUCUGUUUUGGCCAAUCAGCACCUCCUUCAUAGAGAUGCAUUGAAUCAAUGCAUCUCUGUAAAGAAAAUGCAGCAUCCCCAUGCAGAGCGUGUCCCUUUAAAUUAAUUAAAUACUUCUACAGCUUCAUAUAGACCAUGCUUGCCCAACGUGAAACAAUCUGUUGGACAACAAGUGUAUCUAUUUAGGAGGAACAAUCCCUAUUUUGGUCCUAAAUCCCUCUGUCUCCGUAUUGUUCGGCGGCGUAACUACAGGAAGGCAGAUGGUGUGGUUGCCGUAGGCGCAAAUAUCGAGGGGCGCCACCGAGAGGAGCAGGCCGAUAACGGCCGUUCCCAAAGGGUUCAGGAGGCCCAAAGUAGGAACUUAUUCCCUCAGGCAGAGUAGGCAGCUGCUUACCUGCUGAAAUAUACCGGUGGUAGAGGCAGGAUGCGGUGGCAAGGGAGCACUGAUCUUCUAGUUCCUCACACUGUUCCCUUGCACUCCCACUUGGAGAUUGCAGGAGCCCCCCUAGACUCCAAGGAGUAGAUCCCCAAAGGACCCCAGGGAGAGGACAGACACUAGCUCUCCUAAAGGUAAAAUGCCAUAUUGGGCACUGUUAAUUAGGUGGGUGUGCCCCUACAUUUUUUGCUAAACCUCCAAAAAGUUAAAAAAAAAAAAGGUGUUGUUUUUUUUUUUUUUUACUUGCCUUGAAUUUAGCUUCAGCCAGUGUUUACUUCAGGGUCCUGGAAGAGGCCCAUGUUUUAUCCGAUGCUGGCAGACUAUAUCCAGGAGUUGGCAGAGGGUUGCUUCCUCUUUCUAGCUGAUUGAACAUUUGCACUUGGUUUUGCAAAGUAUUGUGUGUUUGCGUGUGUGUGUGGUGGGGAUUCUUUUUCCUAUUUUUAUUUAUUUUUUCCCAUGUAUACCUUUUAGUUUAGGAUAUUUCUUAUUGGCUUUUUAAAGGGAAACUGUAGGGCAAAAGUUAUCCCAUACCUAAUAAUGCAUUAUGAAUAUAAUACACAAGACAAAAUGCAAAAAAAUUAAGCCCCGUUACCCCCCCCGUUUGGACUGCUGGGGGUUACCACGGUCCACCCCAGGGAGGCAAUCCGGUUCGGAAAGCUACACAGGGGAGAGAUGCAAGGAAAGACAAGGCAAGCAGUGACUCCACCAACAUGGUGGAUGCUGCCAGUACCCACAGCCUCGGCUCAGAACACCCCGAUAGCUCAGUCACGUUAGACUGCAUCUUUGAAGAUUUCUAUCACAAAGAAUGCACCAAUAUGACCCACCACAAGCAGUCCCAACUCACCCAGCGUGCCAAUCCUUCCCCUACAUCGGGAAACCUCAGACCACAUGGCAGAGAAGUCUCCAAAAUGGCGGAAGACGCAAGCCCCAUCCAAAGGCGACACGGAAGAGGGAACCCCAGUGCCCCUUGCGGGGAUCUGACAGGGUGUCGGAGGAGCGGUGGGGUACCCAGACUCUACCACAUUACUGGAUCCACCUGUUUUCUUCUGUUCUUGUGGGCCCGAAGAAUUCUCCUAUAUGGCAGGACUGUGUUUGACCGAGGAAGGGUGUCAGGUGAAACAGUCACUCUGAUGAGCUAUCGUUCAGCGAAUGAACACUAAUCUCGUGCAAGUCGAUCAAUGCUAUUAGAUUUUGCUCCUCUUUUCACCUAUUGCUAUUUAAACAUAUACACUGCUCAAAAAAAUAAAGGAAACACGUAAACACAAUGUAACUCCAAGUCAAUCACACUUCUGUGAAAUCAAACUGUCCACUUAGGAAGCAACACUGAGUGACAAUGCAUUUCACAUGCUGUUGUGCAAAUGGGAUAGACAACAGGUGGAAAUUAUAGGCAAUUAUCAAGACACCCCCAAUAAAGGAGUGGUUCUGCAGGUGGUGACCACAGACCACUUCUCCGUUUUUAUGCUUUCUGGCUGAUGUUUUGGUCACUUUUGAAUGCUGGCGGUGCUUUCACUCUAGUGGUAGCAUGAGACGGAGUCUACAACCCACACAAGUGGCUCAGGUAGUGCAGCUCAUCCAGGAUGGCACAUCAAUGCGAGCUGUGGCAAGAAGGUUUGCUGUGUCUGUCAGCGUAGUGUCCAGAGCAUGGAGGCGCUACCAGGAGACAGGCCAGUACAUCAGGAGACGUGGAGGAGGCUGUAGGAGUGCAACAACCCAGCAGCAGGACCGCUACCUCCGCCUUUGUGCAUGGAGGAACAGGAGGAGCACUGCCAGAGCCCUGCAAAAUGACCUCCAGCAGGCAACAAAUGUGCAUGUGUCUGCUCAAACGGACUCCAUGAGGGUGGUAUGAGGGCCCGACGUCCACAGGUGGGGGUUGUGCUUACAGCCCAACACGGUGCAGGACGUUUGGCAUUUGCCAGAGAACACCCAGAUUGGCAAAUUCGCCACUGGUGCCCUGUGCUCUUCACAUAUUAAAGCAGGUUCACACUGAGAACGUGUGACAGAAGUGACAGAGUCUGGAGACGCUGUGGAGAACGUUCUGCUGCCUCCAACAUGACCAGUUUGGCAGUGGGUCAGUAAUGGUGUGGGGUGGCAUUUUUUGGGGGGGCAGCACAGCGGGAGCCUGACUGCCAUUAGGUACUGAGAUGAGAUCCUUAGACCCCUUGUGAGACCAUAUGCUGGUGCGGUUGGCCCUGGGUUCCUCCUAAUGCAAGACAGUGCUAGACCUCAUGUGGCUAGAGUGUGUCAAAAUUUCUUGCAAGACGAAGGCAUUGAUGCUAUGGACUGGCCCGCCCGUUCCCCAGACCUGAAUCCAGUUGAGCACAUCUGAGACAUCAUGUCUCGCUCCAUCCACCAACGUCAUGUUGCACCACAGACUGUCCAGGAGUUGGCAGAUGCUUUAGUCCAGGUCUGGGAGGAGAUCCCUCAGGAGACCAUCCGCCACCUCAUCAGGAGCAUGCACAGGUGUUGUAGGGAGGUCAUACAGGCACGUGGAAUCCACACACACUACUGAGCCUCAUUUUGAUUUGUUUUAAGGACAUUACAUCAAAGUUGGAUCAGUCUGUAGUGUGUUUUUCCACUUUAAUUUUGAGUGUGACUCCAAAUCCAGACCUCCAUGGGUUGAAAAAUUUGAUUUCCAUUUUUUUAUUUUUGUGUGAUUUUGUUGUCAACACAUUCAACUAUGUAAAGAACAAAGUAUUUCAGAAGAAUAUUUAAUUCAUUCAGAACUAGGAUAUGUUAUUUUUGUGUUCCCUUUAUUUUUUUUGUGCAGUGUAUUAAUUUCUACUCUCACUCUUCAGCUAAACUAUUAGCCGUUAUAUUGUUUGUACUAUAAUUACUAUGUUGUAUAGCACUCGUUUUUAGCCUAGAUAGCAACAUAGAAACAUAGAAUGUGACGGCAGAUAAGAACCAUUCAGCCCAUCUAGUCUGCCCAAUUUUCUAAAUACCUUAUCUUAUAGUUAGGAUAGCCUUAUGCCUAUCCCACGCAUGCUUAAACUCCUUUACUGUGUUAACCUCUACCACUUCAGCUGGAAGGCUAUUCCAUGCAUCAACUACCCUCUCAGUAAAGUAAUACUCCCCCCCCACCCCCGUCUCGUCUUUCCUCCAAGCAAUACAUGUUAAGAUCCUUUAACCGUUCCUGGUAAGUUUUAUCCCGCAAUCCAUGAACCAGUUUAGUAGCUCUUCUCUGAACCCUCUCUAUGGUAUCAAUAUCCUUCUGAAGAUACGGUCUCUAGUACUGCGUAUAAUACUCCAAGUGAGGUCUCUCCAGUGUUCUGUACAAUGGCAUGAGCACUUCCCACUUUCUACUGCUAAUGCCUCUCCCUAUUCAACCAAGCAUUCUGCUAGCAUUUCCUGCUGCUCUAUUACAUUGUCUGCCUACCUUUUAUAGGUGAAAUAAUCACCCCUAAAUCCUUUUCCUUAGAUGUUAAGGUUAGGACUCUAUCAAAUAUUCUGUACUCUGCCCUUGGGUUUUUACGUCCAAGAUGCAUUAUCUUGCACUUAUCCACAUUAAAUGUCAGUUGCCACAACUCAUUUUUUUUAGUUUACCUAAAUCAUUUGCCAUUUGGCUUAUCCCUCCUGGAACAUCAACCCUGUGACAUAUCUUAGUGUCAUCAGCAAAAAGACAUACCUUACCAUCAAGACCUUCUGCAAUAUCACUAAUAAAAAUAUUAAAGAGAAUGGGUCCAAGUAUAGAUCCCUGAGGUACCCCACUGGUGACAAGCCCAAGCUUUGAAUAUACUUCAUUGACUACAACCCUCUGUUGCCUGUCACUCAGCCACUGCCUUACCCAUUCAACAACAUUGGAAUCCAAACUUAAAGAUUGCAAUUUAUUGAUAAGCCUUCUAUGUGCAACAGUGUGAAAAGCAUUACUGGAAUCUAGGUAAGCAAUGUCUACCGCACCACCCUGGUCUAUUAUUUUAGUUACCCAUUCAAAAAAAUCAAUAAGAUUAGUUUGGCAUGAUCUCCCUGAAGUAAACCCAUGUUGUCUCUGAUCUUGAAAUCCAUGUGUUUUUAGAUGUUCAACAAUCCUAUCCUUUAACAUGGUUUCCAUCACUUUCCCCACUACUGAAGUAAGACUUACUGGCCUAUAGUUGCCCGACUCCUCCCUUCUACCUUUCUUGUGAAUGGGCACAACAUUCGCUAACUUCCAAUCUUCUGGGACUACUCUUGUUAACAAUGAUUGGUUAAAUAAAUCUGUUAAUGGUUUUGCUAGUAUACCACUAAGCUCUUUUAAUAGCUUUGGGUGUAUUCCAUCAGGUCCCAUUGACUUAUUUGUCUUUAUUUUUGACACUUGAAAUAGAACCUCUUCCUCUGUAAACUCACAUGUAACAAAUGACUCAUUUGUCCUUUUUCCUAACUGAGGUCCCUUUCCUUCAUUUUCAUCUGUAAAUACUGAACAAAAAUAUUAAUUGAGGCAGUCAGCUAGACCUUUAUCCUCUUCAACAUACCUUCCUUCUUUUGUUUAUACUCUAAUGCUUGUUUUACUUUCCUUUUCACAUUUAUGUAUCUAAAAAACAUUUUGUCCCCUGUGCUAUUUUCUUUUCUGUGUGUGAUUUGGAAGCUCUUAUAACUUGCUUAGCCUCUUUCUGCCUAAUCUUAUAGAUCAUUUUGUCUUCCUCACUCUGGUUUUUUUUUAUAAUUACUAAAUGCUAACUUUGUUUUUUUUUUUUUUACUAUUUUGGCCACAUCUGCGGAGUACCACAGUGGUUUCUUGAAUUUUUUGCUUUUACUGACAAGCCUAAUGCAAUUUUCUGUUGCCCUUGGCAGUGCAACUUUUAAAUUAUCCCAUUUCUCUUGGACUCCAUUUAAAUUGCUCCAGUCUGAUAAUGACUCCUUUACACAUAUUGUAAUUAGCUCAGCUCACUACUAACCUAACAUGCUGAAUGUUCAUGUACACUCACGUAAAGCGAAACUCAGCUAACGUGACACACCACAUAUACCUUGCAUGUUGUCCGGCAUUCUAAUCAUAUUUUCACUUGCUAUAUACUUCAUGUACACUGACAUACAUAAUGUAAUGUUCCUCUUGCAUAUAUACUCAAACAUGUGCAGUUAUCUCUAUUGCCAAUGUUAUACUUUAACCCAGCGGGUCCCAAACUGUGUGCGGCGACGCCCUGGGACGCUGUGACUGGCACACAAGAGAGCCGCAAUUUAUUUUCCCGGUGCUAUGAUGAUAGAACGUUUUGAUAUAAGAUUUGUGUAGGUGGGCCUGAAAAUGAGGGAGUGGCGGCAGUUUAGAAAUCAUGUCCUGAUUUUUCAGCUUUUGCCAGCUCCCACUCUAGCUUUGCCAUUCAUUCCUAUGGGACAAAUUUCGCCACAAAAACGACGAUAUUCCGUGAACCAUUCGGUGAAACGUUCCACAAAGUAAUAGCAAUCCGAUCGGGAACAAUCUGCACGUUUUGGUAGAUUUUUGUCUAUGUAGUGUAAAAACUGUGGGAGGAGUUAGGGUGGCAAAUUUUGCUAUAAUAAUAAUAAUAAUAAUAUAUAGGUGAGAUAACAUUAAGUGGUCUUGCUAUGCAAGAACACUUAAUAAUAACUAGAAAAGCUACAAUUUCUGGGGAAAUUGUGUGAAGUGUUCUUGCCUCCACCAGUAGUCUACAACUGGAGUGGGCGACGUAACUGUUAUCAUUUAUAUAACACAUUUAAUUGCAACGUUGUUGCACAGUUACAUUAAACCAUAGCAAGACCACUUAAUGUUUAUCUCACAUAUAUAUUAUUAUUAAGUGUUCUUGCAAGAACACUUAUUGUUAUCUCACAUAUAUAUUAUUCUUAUUAUAGCCAAAUUUACCCUAACUCCUCCCACAGUUUUUACACUACAUAGACAAAAAUUUACCAAAACGUGCAGAUUCGAUCGGAUUGCUAUUACUUUUGUAGGCGUUCGCCGAAUGGUUCACGGAAUAUCGUCGUUUUAAUGUGAGCGAAAAUGAAUGGCAAAGCUAGAGUGGGAGCUGCAAAGCUGAAAAAUCAGGACAUGUUGCCACCACUCCCUUUUUACGGCCCACCUACACAAAUCUUAUAUCAAAACGUUCAGCUAUCCCUGCUGCCACUAAACAUGUCAACGGCUAAGCCGUAGUCCUGAUAGUUUUCACAAUAUGACCAUUUGUUUGCAACCAACGCCGUCCAUUGACAUUCAUUGAAACUUCACUCUGCAAAGCUCAAAUUUGAAGUGCAAUUUCUAAACUGCGACUGUGCCUUCAUUUUUAAUACUUCAGAGACAUACUAUGCAUCGAAAUGUAGGUCUGGGUCUUGUGAUUCUCACAAUAUAAAGCUCUUCGCUGUAGGAUUUAUAGUUUUUAAAAUACGACCGUUUGAAGAUGGCAACCGCCAAAAUACUCUGACCUGUGUCAGGCUGCAGCAGCAAGUGAUGUCAUAGACAGGGCCUUUUGAACACCUGCUAAUGUUUUAUAAAUGUAUGGUUUAAUGUAACUGUGCAACAACGUUGCAAUUAAAUGUGUUAUAUAAAUGAUAACAGUUACGUCGCCCACUCCAGUUGUAGACUACUGGUGGAGGCAAGAACACUUCACACAAUUUCCCCAGAAAUUGUAGCUUUUCUAGUUAUUAUUCUUAUUAUUAUAGCAAAAUUUGCCACCCUAACUCCUCCCACAGUUUUUACACUACAUAGACAAAAAUUUUACCAAAACGUGCAGAUUGUUCCCGAUCGGAUUGCUAUUACUUUGUGGAACGUUUCGCCAAAUGGUUCACAGAAUAUCGUCGUUCUUGUGGCGCAAUUUGUCCCAUAGGAAUGAAUGGCAAAGCUAGAGUGGGAGCUGGCAAAAGCUGAAAAAUCAGGACAUGAUUUCUAAACUGCCACCACUCCCUUAUUUGCAGGCCCACCUACACAAAUCUUAUAUCAAAACGUUCAGCUAUCCCUCCUGCCACUAAACAUGUCAACGGCUAAGCCAUAGUCCUGAUAGUUUUCACAAUAUAAUCAUUUGUUUGCAACUAAUGCCGUCCAUUGACAUUCAUUGAAACUUCACUCUACAAAGCUCAAAUUUGAAGUGCAAUUUCUAAACUGCAACUGUGCCUUUAUUCUUAAUACUUCAGAGACAUACUAUGCAUCAAAAUGUAGGUCUGGGUCUUGUGAUUCUCACAAUAUAAAGCUCUUCGCUGUAGGAUUUAUAGUUUUUAAAAUACGACCGUUUGAAGAUGGCAACCGCCAAAAUACUCUGACCUGUGUCAGGCUGCAGCAGCAAGUGAUGUCAUAGACAGGGCCUUUUGAACACCUACUAAUGUUUUUAUAAAUGUAUGGUUUACAGUUACUCCGCCAACUCCAGUUGUAGACUACUGGUGGAGGCAAGAACACUUCACACAAUUUCCCUAGAAAUUGUAGCUUUUCUAGUUAGAUAUUGCUUUGUAAACUCACAUCUGAAGGCAUUGUAACCAACAUUUUGAGAGCACGAGUGAUUGCAAUGCAGGUCAGGAUGUUUGUUUAUGUACUUUGCAGUUGUUGGGGAAGGAUUGCAGUCUCUUUCUUUUCCCCAUGAUGGUCUGGUUGAACUUUGUCAGCUCCUGGAACAUCAUCUCCCAGGAGCUCAUGUCAGUGCUGUACUUUAUCUGCAUUUACUGCAUUUUAUCUUUAUGAAAUAACAACUUUUGUGGCGGUGGGGAGUCCUAAAGCUGCUUUAAAUGAAUUGCUGAGCUCCAUAAAACCAACAAAUGUGUGUGUAUAAUAUAUUAAAUAAAUAUGUGAGUAUAUCACAACAAUGAAAGUCAGAAUCUGAAAGGACAUUCUAAGCACCAGCUUAUUGCACUGUUAUGGCACAAACAAUGUUUAGGUACCAUACCCCAUUUUUUUUCCAAACAGUUUUUUGAACAUUGGUUUUUUAAUGGCUCCGAAAGCCCAGCCCUUCUGCAACUGCUCUGAUAAUGUAGAACUUUCACCUCCACAUUAUCUGUCUAAAGCAGUCCAGCAACCCAACAGAAAGCUAUUUCCAUUUAAGGUUGGACAGCUCUCUAUUUGUAAUGGGGAAAUGCAGAGGGCUCAAACUUUGGGUGCUUAGAGAGUUUGACAUAAAAAGGGAUAGGGUGGCACUUAACAACUCCUCUACACUAUAACCACUACAAUGAGCUACAGCAGGUAUAUUGCUUAGAUUGACACACACAGCAGAGGAACAGUCAAAAGAACUAUGGUAUAUGUGCUGUAACAGCUGUGACAGAGUGCACAAGAAGGAUUCAGUGGUCACUUUAAUUGAUAUCUGUAUACACCUCUGUGUUAAUGCAAAAUAUUAUCAUGUGGCAGAAACUCGGUGAAGAAAAGUCUGCAGGCAUUGCCAAAUAGUUCACGUAGUUCAAACCAAACAUCAGAAUUGAAAAUAAAUUUGUCUAAGUGGUCUUGACUGUAAAAUGAUUGUUGGUACCAGGCACAGUGGUUGGUAAUGAUAAAAAAGCAAGAUAACAGCAAGUUGCAUUUCUGUUGUUAAAAACACCAUUUGAGAGAGGCCAGUAGACAGUGGUCAGACUGGCUGAAGGGAAGGCAGCAGCACCUGAGAUAAUGUUUUAUAACGUGUGUAGAAGAGCAUCUGUGAUGGCACAUUAAAAUUUGAAGUGGGUGGGCUACAGCACAGAGGACCACACUGCAGCAUUUGCCUCGGUCAGAUAAGAACAGCAAACUGAGGCUUUGUGGCAUUGGCGCUGGACAGUAGAAGAUUGGGGUAAAACCUCUCACGGUCUAAUGUACCUUGGUUUCUGCUGUGAUUUUCAGAUGGUAGGGUCAGAAUUUGGCAUAAACAACAUGAAUCCAUAGCUCCAUCCUCACUUGUGUCAGUAGUUCAGGCUGGUGGCAAUGUGUUAUGGCAUGUGUAAUUUUUUCUUGGCACACAUGAAACCAUUAAUAUCAAAUUAGUGUUUUAAAAUACCAUAGAGUGAGUAUAUAGUGUACUCCUGUGGCCUUCUGUUUCAGCCGAUCUCCAUCCAAUAGACCACCUCAGUAUUGGAAUGGAGUCUUCACAGCAUGAAUGUGCAGUCCUGUGUUAUGCUAUCAUGUCAUCACGGACCAGACUCUGUAAGCAAUGUUUUCAUCACCUUCUUGAACCCAUGCCACAAGCAAUUAAGUGUUCUACGGACAAACCGGGCUUCUAGUCACUAUUAGAAAAGUAAUACUUAUUAAAGUGAACACUGAGUGUAUGUAUAUCUAGUGAGCUAUGGAGAUGCUGCUUUUCCUGAUAUUCUAUUUACUCUGCCAAACUAUAGUAAGCACGCUUGUGUACAGCAUGGGUAUUGCCAGAGACCAACUCUUUCUAAACAUAAAGAGAUUAGACAACAGGUCUUUGUGUACAAUAAGCAGGCGACGUGUUCAGUUACCACACUCAGAAUGCCAUCUUUCCCCACAGACAAAGUAUAAAAAGAUAUUUUACAGAUCCUAAAAUAACACUGCUGAAUUAGCAAACAUAAAUGGAAGAUACUGCAGGUAUACUUACUGCUUUAUAUGCAGGGCUGGAUUUACAUUUUGAGCUCAUUUUGGCAGGGGAUCCUCCAUGAAUUGUUGUGUUUUUUUUUUUUUUGUUUUUUUUUUUAAAUGUUUGUGUCUUUUGUGUGUAGAUAAAAAACAGACAUGUAACCUGGAGGCAUGAUUCAGAAGUGAGAAUCAUUUGGUCUGUACCCUGGUUAAUAAUUGGGUUAUGCAACAAAUAUAUCAAGUAAACCCCAAUAACCUCGCAGUUGGGAUUCAUUCUUAAAAAAAAAAAAAAAAGUCUGUCUGUCUCUCUCUCUCUCUCCCUCUUUCUUUCUUUCGAGUCACAAAUAGUAUAUAAAAUGUUUUGUCAACUAACACACCCAGUCCUGUCAGUAUAUCAAUAGUAGCUGAGAAUGCAUUGUCUCAGGGUGCAUCUCUUAAUUCAUAGUUUCCAUUGUUCGAACAUAAUGUUACUUCUGAUUUCCAAUUUACUCAGUAGCCAAAUGGUAUAUGCUACCACAAGUAAAAUUCAGCCAACUCUCAAUUUCCACUCUAUUUUGCUGGGUUGUGAAAAUGUUGAUCCCUCCAUAUUACCAAGUUUAAAGGUGCACUAUAGUCACCAGAACCACUACAGCUUAAUGUAGCUGUUCUGGUGUCUGUAGUGAGUCCCAGCAUACAUUUUAAUGUAUACCCUGCCUCUUCAGAAAAAAAAAAGUGUGUAAAUUGCUGGCGUAACACUUCGAGUGACAGUCACUCACAUGGCCACUAGAGGUGGCCCUCAGUGUCUCCACGCUCUGCAUGGAGAUGCUGAUUGUUCCCCAUAGAGAAGCAUUGAUUCAGUGCAUCUCUAUGAAAAUAUGCUGAUUGGCACAUUAGCCUCCAAAUGCUUUCCUAUGGGCUGAGAUCAUCAAGUUUUAUGAUCUCAGCCAUGGAGGAAGGGCCAGCCACUGUGAGAAUGGCAUGACUUGGGGAAAAGGUGAGUAAAAUCAACUUUUUACUGCAAUUGGAUGGGGCCGGUCAUUUAAACAGCCACUUAAAGGGACACUCCAGGCACCCAGACCACUUCUGCCCAUUGGAGUGGUCUGGGUGCCAACUCCCACCACCCUUAACCCUGCAAGUGUAAUUAUUGCAGUUUUUAUAAACUUAAAUAAUUACCUUGCCGGGUUAAGUCCUCCUCUAGUGGCUAGAGGGACUUCCGUGUUCUUAGAACACGAAAAGUGUUUUAAACGACUCUGGACAUCCUCACGCUAUGCAUGAGGCCCACCAGCAUCGCCAGAAACCCCAUAGGAAAGCAUUAAAUAAUGCUUUCCUAUGGCGGAAGUCUAAUGCGCGCAUGGCCAUUGCUACACAUGCGCAUUAGGUCUCCCCCCUGCCGACGUCAGAGGAGUGUGGGCAGAGCCUGAUUCAGGUAAGUCACUGAAGGGGUUUGGGGGCUGGGAGGGAGAGGGGCACUGCAACUGAAAACCGAUAUAUUUUCCUGGCACUGGAGAGUCCCUGUAAGACCAUAGUGUCAGGAUUACAUGUUUGCAUUCCUGACACUAUAGUGUUCCUUUAAGCAUUUAUCUUUGUAAUAUGGGCAUAUGUACUUGUGCCCUCUUUGGUAUGACAUUUAUGGAUAUUAAUCUUUUUGGAAUAAAAUCUCUCGUUAUUUACAAGUUUCUAUUUUUGAUUAGGACAUUCUCUAAAAUACUUGGCAUAAAUACUACAAUAUCCUUGUAUCCUACCACUCACAUCAGUCAACAUUAAACCUGUAACAAAAUGCUCUAUUAAAACACCUUUAUGAUCAAGGCCAUUUUGGCAGUUUUACCAUGUAUUAAUUCUACCACAAUUGGUUUAAAGCUAAAACUUUGCAAAAUUGGGCAUGCUAGGAUUACAACACUUAGUAGACCCAGAAUCCAAGACUGCUAUAUAAAAGUAUAUAUUUGUACAAAGUACAUCCCCCAGGCUAUUUAUGGCUGUUUACCCUAGAGCAUUUAUACACUUUUUCAUUCAACGAUUUUAUCAUGAACUUAGACAAAAUAUUUAAUUAUUUGUAACUUUUUUUUUUUUUUUAAACGUGUGUUCAGACCAUUUUUUCUCCUACUUCUAUCUUGUACAAUGAUACCCAACAUGUAUUCAUAAUCCUACCCCUAAUCCAACCCUUAUCCCAUUCACAAUCCUAAUAAUCCAAUUUUUAAUCUUGCUCCUAAUCUCACUCCAUAAUCCUACCUCAGUACUGACAUCACCAGAGAGAUUUCUAGCUCAUACAGUAGAGAGAUUGCUGUGUAAGUACUCUGUACUGUGUGAGCUCCCUCUCAUGCUGCAGCUCCUGAAACCGAUCCGUGCUGGGUAGAUGGCAGAGCCUCAUCGCCGGGCCAUGCCCAGAAUCACUAUAGCUGAGCGCAAGGUGAUUUAAAGGUUUUUUUUUUAAAUUCUUUAUUUUUGGCAUGACAAUGCGAUACAAUAAUGAAGAAACACAUGUAGUACAUGGUAUAGGUAACCAAUCCGUAAUCUAAUGUACAUAUGAUUAUACCAUCGUUGCAGUUUGCGUGAGUGUGUUCAGUUUGGAGGAAUGUGCUAAGGAGUGUCAUUUUUCGUUCAUUUUCAUACAUACAUACAUUUUAUGAGAUAUUGUAAGCCUUAUACAUUAAAAGGGAAAAAGAGAAAAAAGAGAGAAUAAAACAUGCCAUAACUGGGUAUUGUAAGUACCGCAAAUGUCAAGCUCUGGUUUCAGCCCACCUUAGGCCGUAUCAUUAAAUGUGCAACCUUUCUCGUUGCAGGGGGACCCGUUUCUGAUAAUCUUGGUCCCGUUUCUAGCAACGGUGUUGUAUAUAAGGCAGGGGUAGGGCAGGAGGGGGGAGGGGAGGACGGGUGAGGGUCCCCGUGGCGGGGUCCGGAGCGUUGCGGUGUGAGGCUCUGUUGGUGUCUAGUUAAGUGUUGGUACCUUGGGAAGGCCCUGUAGUGGGAUUUCCAUAGCUCUCCCAGUUCCCUGUUAACCAUGGUUCCCAGACCUUUUCGUAUCGUGUCAUGGUGUCUCUCACUAGUGCUGUAAGGUGGUCCAUGACCUGGAUAUCUUUGAUUUUGUGGAGUACAGUGUUUAUCUGUGGGAUUGUAGUUUGAAGCCAUGUCUGCGCCAUGGUGAGUCUGGCCGCCGGCGUAAUUUUGUGUAGGAGUUUCUGUUCCUUUUUGGGCCAUUCUUCUAGUGCUCUGGAGAGCAGAAAAACCCGUGGGUCUAUUUUCACUUGUCUGUGAAAAACCUCAUUUAGGAGGUUGCCCACUACCCUCCAGAAGGCCUGCGCUUUCGGGCAUUCCCACCACAUAUGGAUGUACAUCCCUUUGGUUCCGCAGCCCCUCCAACACAAGUCGUUUGGGGUUUUACGCAUACGGUAUAAUUUUACUGGGGUGGUAUACCAGCGCAGCAUGGUCUUAUAGGCCUGUUCCUGGUGGGUAACACACGUGGAAAUAGCUUUGUUUGCGUCCCAUAUUUCUCUCCACUCUGUGCCCUCUAAGGUCUCUUUGAGAUCUGUUUCCCAGUGGACGGUGUAGGUCAAGUCGCCCCAAUCACUGUUUGUGCAUAAAUGUGCGUAUAGGUAUGAAAUAAGUCCCUUUGGGGGGUUUUCAUUGAGACACAUUCGUUCAAAGCCUGUGGGCGCAGUUUGUGCUGCCGUUUUGGCCAGAUUGUGUUGUGCAAAGUCUCGGAUUUGAAUAUAGCGAAAAAAGUCGGGGGGCCUUAGCCUGGUGCUUUCCUGUAGCUUAUCAAAUGUCACUAUUUGGUUCCCUUCAUACAGGUGGAUCGCUCGCUGUAGGCCCGCUACCUCAAUGUUUCUGAAGUCUCGGGCCCUCAUUCCCGGUGGGAACGCUCUGUUCCUCAACAGGGGCAUCAGAGGAGAGGGUGAGGUGGUUAGUUUGUAUUUUUGGCCCACUGCGUCCCAGAUCCUAAGGGAAUUGAGGAUCGCAGGGCAGUCGGUGCGCAGGAUAGCCCUGUGUUCCCUGGGAAGCCACAUGUAAAAUUGGGGCAGGUCAGCUCCCAUGAUUCCUGAUUCUAAGUCCGCCCAUCUGCGGUCGUCCGGUGUCGAGUGCCACAUAGCUAUUUGAGCCAGUUGAGCCGCUAAAUAGUAGUUAUAGAGAUGGGGGAGGCCUAGUCCACCCCCCUCCUUGGGUCUAUAAAUUACAUUGCGUGCUACUCUGUGGCGCUUGCGUUGCCAAAUAAAAUCCCCUAUGGACCUCUGCAAGGGGGCUAGUUCCGUUUUAGUUAUGGGUAUGGGGAGUGCUUGAAAAAGGAAGAGGAGUCUCGGGAGGAUGUUCAUUUUUAUUGUAUGGACCCGUCCUAUCCAGGAUAUGGGCUUGUCGGUCCAUCUGUCAAGGUGUGCACUAAGGGUGUUGAGGAGUGGUGUGUAAUUCGCCCUGUAUAGUUGUGAGGGGUCAGCGGUUAGUUGUAUUCCCAAGUAUUUUAUGGAAGUGUGUGUUAUAGGUAUGUGGUGUUGGGUUCUUAUGUAUGUAGCGUCGUGCAUUGUCAUUGCUAUUGGGAGUGCGGCAGAUUUGCACAGGUUAACCUUAUAUCCCGAUAAGGCUCCGUAGUCUGCUAAUUCUUAUAUCCCGAUAAGGCUCCGUAGUCUGCUAAUUCUUUAUCUAAGGCUAACAUUGAGGUCCUUGGGGUUGUGAGCGUGAGAAGGACGUCGUCCGCAUAGCCUGAUACUUUGAAUGUUUGGUCCCCCACUGAGAUUCCGUGAAUUAAUUGGUUCAAUCUGAUCGCCUGUAGUAGGGGCUCUAGUGUGAUGACGAACAGGAGGGGUGAUAGCGGGCAACCCUGGCGCGUGCCGUUGUGUAAGUUGAAAGGGGUUGUCUGAGCGCCCGUAAUCUGAAUGUGUGCCUUAACAUCCGUGUACAUGGCUUGGAUCGUGGUUAUGUACUGCUCGGGGAAGUGGAAAUGUCGAAGGAGUUCGAACAGGUAUGUCCAGUUUACCCUAUCGAACGCCUUUUCCGCGUCGAGAGAUAGAAUGAGCGUUGGUGUGUGCGUGAUCGUCUGCGUCCAGAUUAAGUCAAUGUUGCGUCUGGUGUUUCCAGGGACGAAACCCACCUGAUCUGCAUGGACUAGGUGUGUUAGGUGUGGAGACAGUCUAUCCGCUAGUAUUUUGGCUAGUAUUUUAACGUCUUGGUUGAUCAAUGAUAUGGGUCUGUAAUUUUCAGGGUAUGUUGCGUCUUUUCCGGGUUUAGGUAAUUGUAUGAUAUGGGCCGUGGACAUGUCUGGGUCUGGUCGUCCACCCUGCAUCAAAUAGUUUUAGUAAGUGCGGUGUCAGUUCUUCUCGGUAUGUUUUAUAAUAGCUGCCCACAUAGCCGUCGGGGCCCGGGGCCUUAUGCCCUUUGAGGCGUGAUAUCGCUCUAUCUAUUUCGUCUGCUGUGACCUCGUCUCCUAAGGACUCUAUUGCUAUAGGGGUCAGCUUCGGGAGGUCAAUUUUGCCCAGGUAUUGUCUUAUCUCGUCUCGUAGGUGUGGUGUUUUGUCAGCCUCGGUAGGUGUGUGAUUGUAUAGGGUAGUGUAAAACUCUUUGAAUAUCCGAGCUAUGUCUGCCGGUGCCGUUUUGAUCAGACCUGUGCGAUCCCUGAGUGUGGUGAUAUGUGUUCGGCGUGGGCGUGGGCGUGGGCGUAGGGUGCGGGCCAGAAACGUGUGCAUUUUGUUAGCCUGUUCAUAAUAUGUUCUCUUAGACCAGAGCAUAGCCUUCGCUACGUCGGCCACUAAAGUCUCCUUUAUAUGACGUCGGGUAGUCUGUAGGGCCAGAAGCCCAUCUGGGGUAGGGUUGGUUUUAUGUCUCUGCUCUUGUGUGUGUAAGUCACGUAGGAGGGACUUUAGGCGUUGUGUUUUCAGUUUCUUUUUCCUGGUGGCUUCCCUUAUUAGUGUGCCUCUGAUAACCGCUUUGUGAGCAGCCCAUACCGUGGCGGGAGUUAGCUCUUGGGAGGAGUUGAGUUGGAAAUAUUCUACUAUCUCUGUGCGAAUAGUCUCUCUAAUAGUAGGGUCCUGCAAUAGGGAAGCAUUGAGCUUCCAAUUCCACGGAGUCGUGGUGCAGAGGUUUCCUAAUUCUAAGCUGAUGUCUGCAUGGUCUGACCAUGUGAUAGAACCUAUUGUGGACUUCGUGAUCUUUGGAAUGGCGUGAUCGUUUACUAAAAAGUAGUCAAUACGGGAGUACGAGUCAUGUGGCGCAGAGUAGAACGUAUAGUCUGCUUCUCCCGGAUGGUGGGCCCUCCACACAUCUAUCAGACCCGUAGAGGAAGUCGUGGAUCAGUUUGUCUGGCCUCCCCCUGCCGUGUGAGCGUGGUAAACCUCUUAUGUUGCCUCUGUCUAUAGCCGGGCAUGGGGCGGCGUUAAAAUCGCCCCCCAUGAUAAGCAUACCAUGAGGCAGGGUUUUUAAUUUGUCAGCCAAUUUGUCCCAGAAAUCCCUAGAAGGGUCUGUGGGAGCAUAAAUGUUUAUGAGAUGGAUGGUGUGAGCAAAUAGCGUCCCUGUCAGGAUAAGGUAUCUGCCGUCCGUGUCUGUGUGGACCCCCGUGACUCGCAGUGGGCAUCGUUUAUGUAUUAGUAUCGCUACACCGUUGCGUUUGGAGUGUGACCUAGCCUCAUAGCCUGUGCUAUAAAUGUGAUCCUUGAGAGUUAUGCCCAGGGUUUUGGGCAGGUGGGUUUCUUGUAAAAAGGCCACAUCUGGGCCUAGUCUCUUAAGUUCUCUAUAUAACAGUCUACGCUUUUUGGGGGCAUUUAGUCCCUUAACAUUUAGGGAGUGUAUGUGUGUAGACAUGGUGGUGUCUUAAGUGUAAGCGUGUGGGCUAACUUACUGGUGAUGUCCUCUGGCCAGCCUUGGGGGUUGUCCUUUGGGGGACCUCGUACCCCUGUUGUUUCAUAUACCGCUUUCGGGUCGCUCCGGCCACCACGGGGGGGGAGAGGGGAAGGUAGGGAGGAAAAAGAGAGGUUGUUAACCAUAUCAUAAACACAAACAUAUAUACAAAAAACGAUUGAACUGAUAAACCAGUAUGGGUUAGAGUCACUAAUGUCAAUCUUACAACAUAAAAAUCUGGUUUCCCCCCCCCCCCCCCCCAGCAGCACCCUCACCCCCACCGCCACGCAAGCGGCUUCAUGUCCUCUUUGUAGAUGAGUCCAACUUCCCCCUCCCAAAAGUGUUCUGGAAAAAAAGGUCUUUUUUUUUUUUGUGUGUACCCAAGGAUAGGGAAACCCCCCGUAGUGGGCUUUGGUUGUGGGCGUUGGUGGUAUCAAAACCAUGGGGCGGGGGCGAGUCAGUACCCGUCCCUCAUGUCCCUUGUCAUCUCACCCUCCCGGGGAUGUCCAUCUGGGCGAGGCGAUCCGGGUGCGGGUGCCUGGUGUGCGUCCGUUCUACGGUGUGUGUCUUCUUUCCCCCGCUGUGUGCCAUUCUCUGGGUAGCAGUUGCAGGUCUGUCGGAGUCGCCGUGCGCCAUUGCAGGUCUGGCGGAGCCUGGAGGUCUAGCGCCUGGAGAAAAGCCACUGCGUCCCCAUCAGGUGGCAGGAUCUUUGGUCUGCCAUUCUUGAACGCCAUAAGCGUAAAAGGAUGGCCCCAUGCAUAUUUUAUGUUGUGGGUUCUGAGGAUGUCGGUGAUCGGUCGCCAUUCUCUGCGUCUCUGGAGUGUCAUUGGGGCUAGGUCCUGGAACAGUAGUAAAGUGUUCCCUUUAUACUUGAUAGGGCCGUCUCUACUGUUCUUCAUUAUAGUUUCUUUCGUUUUGGAAAUGUUGGAAGCGCAUGAUUAUAUCUCUCGGCUGUUUGGCAUCUACCUUCCUGGUUCCCAGGGCCCUGUGAAUCCGGUCCAAAUGCCACAGUUGGGCUGGAAUGUUUGGUGCUAGGGGUUUUAGGAUCGCCAUGACCGUGUCUGUCAGGUCCCCCUCCCCCUCUUUUUCUGGCAGGCCUCGCAGCCUGAUGUUGUUUCGGCGGGAACGAUUAGCCAAGUCUUCCAGGGCUGUCUCUGCUGCUAUCAACCUGGCUGUGAGGCUAUUCACCCUACAUGUUACCUCAUUGUGUGCCAGGACUGUUGCCUCUUGCCUGUGUUCCAGGGCUGCCGUGCGGUGUCCAAGUGCCGCGAUCUCUGCGUUCACCUCCGCCGCGGAUCUGCUUAUCUCCCCUGCCAGGUAUGCCUUGACCUCCAGCAGCUGUGCCAAGAUCUGGGAAGUCUCUUCGGCCGGUAAACCGUGCCCCCGGGGGGGCUCCGGGUGCUCGCGCACUGGGGAGGUCCUGGGGCUAGGGCGGCCGCCAUCUUGCCUUGCAGGCUGGUUUGCGCGGGAAACUGCAAAUAGGUCCGCCACUGAAGCGCCCGUCUCCGACGUCCGUUUAUGGGGUUUCCGCGGGGUCCUCUUAUCCAUGCCGCAGCUGCCGGUGCGGUCUCGGGGUAGCUGGUGCUCGUGGAAAUUGCUUCUGUCGGCUAUGAGGCCUCGGUUCAGCGGGAGCUCAGCUCACAAGCGUCCGCUCUGCAUCGCGGUCAGGCCACGCCCCCUCCGAUUUAAAGGGUUUUAACUGGCCAUGCGCAGCUCUCACUUUCAGCACUGCACCUAGCUUAUCUGUCAGUCGGAUUCCACUAACUGUGGCCUCAGAUGACAGAAGGAACCCUCCGGUAUCAAAGGAUACUUGGGGCUGCUAGUUUUAAGCUGGGGGAAGCUUAGAAUUACCACAGCUAAGUGCAAUUGUUGAGCUGCAAUAUUUAAAUGCAUUUUAAAAGCCUAUGUGCAGCAGUGAGGGGACUUUUAAGUAUGCAGUGAUAUCUGGUGUUCUUUGGCACCAGCAGAGAUUUUACUCAGCUGAUACUUUUAAUGCAUGACGGUCUAUGCUGUCAAUGAGCGUUAAUGCCCUGCACAGCAUGACAGAAUAGACAGUCAUGUGGUCAUUAAGGGGUAAAUGAUAUUCUCUGCAUAGUAUAAGGUGUCUGUCUGUUAAUCUGCAUGGGGUUCUUUACAUUAAGUCCAGAUCAUGGUGUAAAAAGGAUCUAAGUGUAUUUCCCCUGUUUGAGAUCUACCAAUACAAAAGUUCUGGGUCAAAGUUCUAAAAGUAGAACACUCCAAAGGAACACUUCCUUUCUUUCCAUGGAAAUUGCUUCACAUUUGACACAUGUCCCAGAAUUGCUUCUAAAUAAACCCUUUGCUUACCUCUUUUUGUGAUGCUUAAUCAGCAGUUAUUGCCCCCUCCCACCACCACCUUUACGUAAAUGUCAACUUAAAGGACCUGAGUACUUUUGAAGAAAGUGAACUUCUAAUCUAAAAUAUAUAUAUAUUUUUUAUUUGAGACAAAGAAAUGAAGUUUCAUAGUACAGCAUUGUGUAAGAUUAACAAAAAAAAAACUGGUUUGUCCAGGGAAUUUUACUGGUGAGCCUAAAGCAUAUUUCAAGCACCUGUAUUUAAAGUGCAUGUCACUUGGAAAGAAAAAAAUUAUUGCUUUAUUCCGUAAAGCAGAAAACUACAUUGUGUUAGCAUUUCUUAUAAAAGCUAUUUUGAAGAUAUUUCCAAUAGCAUAUAUCCACUUUAUAUACAGUAGAACAUGACGAUUCAGUAAAGGAGUUUAAGCAUGCGUGUGAUAGGCAUAAGGCUAUCCUAACUAUAAGAUAAGGCCAGGGACUAAUAAAAGUAUUUAGAAAAUUGGGCAGACUAGAUGUAUAACUGUCAUCGUUCUUGAGUACCUUUUUGUAUAACUGUCAUCGUUCUUGAGAUGGGGUAUAUGUUUGUGCCCUAAAUAAAUAAGUAUUUUGUAAUUUAGUUACUGUUGUUUAUAAAGUGCUAACCUUUGGGUCAGGACCCCAAACUGGUGUGCGAUUUUCACCAGACCCUAUUAAUUGGAACAGUUCUAUUCAUGAAACUAUAGCCCAGUGACCAAAAUAAAGUGUUCUUUUUGUAACGUAUCUGAUUUUCCUAGGACAAUUGAUGCUCACUUUGACACUGGGAGUCUAAAGAAAGUAGACCAGAAUUUAUUGUGGAAUUUAUGUCACUAUAGAUAUAUUUAGUGCUGGCGAGGAUGUGCUAAUUUUACAAAUUUAAGAAUGGAUCACCAAAAUAAUGCCAUGUACAGAAUUUGUGUCACUGUCAAAAAAAAAAAAAAAAGGAUAAGAACCACUAUGGCUGAUGAAGCUGCAAGAACAGGCUUAGAAUUGUAAGCUUGAAUGUAAAUAGAGACUCCCAUGUGAUCAGCUCAGAAAGCUAGAUCUGGGCAUUUCCAUGUUGACUCAUGGUUCGUUCAACCAGUUUGGUCAGUUUGUUGACUUCCGUUUCUCAUUGGAUCUGAUCCAGUGGCUGAGAGAUGUAGACUCUCCCAAAUAAGAUGGAAGACCUUUAACCCAUUCAUGCUCAACAAGGCCCUGAGUGCUUUACUUUGAAAUGGUGGCUCCUUUGACAGUUAAGGGUUACUGUCUUAUGAAUAAUGGGCAAAUAAGAAAAAGCAACGAGCAAGAUGUAAAGGGGGAGUGACCUUUGAGGAAGAAUGAGAAAAAGAAACUAGGAAGGGAAAGUAAACUAGACAGAAGUAGGAUGAUAGUCACGGCAGGGUGAGAGGGAGGUGGGAGGGUCAAGGAAAGAGGACGCGGUUGGGUUACAAGAAAGAAAGAUAAAGGACAUGGAGAGAAGCAGAAGAGGGUGGAGGAAAUGGGUAAGGAAAAAAGCAACAGAAACCACUUGUGAAAUAAUAAAUGAGAGGUACGGGGAUGGGGGGGAGAGAGGGAACUGUUGGCAAAGUAACAAGUGUUAGAAUAAAUGGAGAGGAUUAUAAAUGGUUAACUCUGCAAAUACCAGUUAAUGCAAGUCAUUUUUAGCUUUCUGUUUCUCAUCCUUGGUUGUCGCAGGGUUAAGGCUUUGAUUAAAUAGGGGGGUGUGUGUUAAAAAAAAAAAAAAAAAAAUCAGAGUAUGGAAGGGCAUGCACACACGGGAGUCUAUAUAAAGAAACUUUGGCAGCUGCUGUGUUAUUAAAAUGCCAGGAGAGAAGCGGGUUAGAAAUGAAAUAAUUUUAUGAUUGAUGAUGGAUAAACUAGAUGGGCAGGGGGCAAGAAAGGCGGAAUGGAAAGAACAAUAAGCUUAUGAAAGAAAUAGUAUGUUACAGUUGCAGAAUUUUAUUAAACGUACACUAUAUAAAAGUACCAGGUGUUUAACAUUGGCCUUCCAGUUGUUUAUUUAUUUUUACUUUUGUUUUAUUUUUUCCUCCAUUAUGGAAAAUGAAGUCCACAACAGCAAGACAGCCAAUGUUGGACACUCGUACUGUGGUAUAUUUUAGCUACCUACUGAAGGACUUACCAUAAUAGUUGUAGUCUGCAGCCUUUAUUGUGCCUGAGGUCGCAUAUACUUUUUUCCUGCCAUUUGAAAAUUAAGAGAAUAUAACAUACAAAGUAUCACUUUAGCAAGAAGAGUGGAUUACUGGCUGUUACGGAAUCCAAAGUAACACACCUCUGGGAUUGUAAAUGUUAAUCAUUGAUUGAUUGCUUUAUUUUUAUAAAAUUGUAUUUGUCAGGCAGUUCCUUUGCACAUAGCAUGUGUUUGUCAUAGAGAGAAUCAGCAUUGUAGUUUGAUAUCUGGAAAUUUCAAAAAGAGCAGAAAGUAUGUAUAACCAAGAAAGCUUACAAUCUAAUUAGGCAGCAUUGCUUGACUGUAUAAUAAAGAGGGCUAAUUACUGUUCAGUAUAGGCCGGAGGGCAACUUUAAACCAGUGAUCUUUCUUUGAAGAUGAUACUUGGCAUGCUGCUUAGUCAUAGACCAAGUUAAUCGGUUAAUUAGUCUUUAAUUAGAGAAAUGCUACUUAUCUGGUAGGAUCAGCGAAACCUCAUCAUAGGAACAGGCCAGCACAUAUUUAGCUGAAAAAAUAGUGUUAAAUGGGCAAAUUAGUCAAAAUAGCAUGUUAAUUCUAUUAAUUCUGUGGUACUAUGUGAAAGCUCACAUGGUCCCUCGCUCGUCUCGUUUUACAGGCACGGUUAGUUUGUCAGAUGACUUGCAUACAGUUGACAUUGUAGUUUCACUACUGAACCCAAUUAUUCAGAGUACAUUGGGUGCUAGUCGGUAUCUGCAAGUUGGUAAUCACUUUAACAACGGGUGGGGGUGAAGAAUGGUGCUUGCUGUCCAUUAAUAGUUUGUUUAAUGUAUAAGUAAUGUUUUGAAUAAUAUCGAAAACUUUUUGAUGCAGUUUCCUAUUUUACACACACGUCUGACACACACAAUUGAAUUUCACAAAACUGAUGCAAUAACACAUUUCCAGACCUAGCUGUAUUUUAAUCCUAAAUGUCAUUAAAAGGACACUAGUCACAAAAAAACACUACAGGUUAGUGGUUCUGGAGUAAAGAGACUGUCCUUGCAGCCACAGCAUUGUGAAAACUGCAUUUUCUGAGGGCAAAAAAAAAGGGCAGUGCUACAUAACACUACCUCUAGUAGCUUUCACUCGGAAAGUCAUUAGAGGCACUUCCUGUAUGUUACUGCAAUCUUUGCUUUGCAUAGUAAUGCAUUGAGUCAAAGCAUCUCUAUGAGGAGAUGCUGAUUGAUGCAUCGUAGCGAUUGACUGAGAUUAUCCGCAAUGAUGAUAUCACUCAGCUAAGGAGGGGUGGCUGCAGCAAGGCCAUCGCACCAGGGGACUAAAGGCAAGUAUACUUAUUUACUGCUUUCAUUUUGGAUAAAUCCGAUAACUUAAUGGACCACUAUAGGCACCCAGACCACUUCAGCUCAAUGAAGUGGUCUGGGUGCCAGGUCCCUCUAGUUUUAACCCUGCAGCUGAAAACAUAGCAGUUUCAGAGAAACGCUAGAGGCGCUUCCGCGAUUUUCCCUGUGAAAACCACAGUGAGAAGACGCUGGACGUCCAUAGGAAAGCAUUGAGUAAUGCUUUCCUAUGGGCGGUUUGAAUGCGCGCUCUUGCCGCGCAUUCAGAUCUGACGUUGGCAGGGGAAGGAGAGGUCACCAGCGCUGAGGGAGCCCGGUGCUGUAUAAAGGUAAAUGGCUGAAGGGGUUUUAACGCCUACAGCUCAGUGGGAGCGGGCCCUGAGGGUGGGGGGGGACCUAAUGACCUGAUAGCACCAGGAAAACGAGUUUGUUUUCCUGGCACUAUAUUGGUCCUUUUAAAUAAUGGAGGAUACAUUCUCCAAUGUAUGUGUGUAUUCCUAAUGCUAGAAGGUUCCUUUAAUAUGCAGGCUCUGAUCCGAAUUAACGUUAACUCAAAGUUUAACUUUAACUUGUGACUUUUACAUUUUGUCAUCAUAAAUUCUCAUGCCUAAUUUUAUUUACACAGGUCCCACAACUGUCCCAAUUUCAGCAAUACAGACACGAUUUUGGGGCCCUGCCCCGCUUUAGUUCACUGAUGUCCCGCAUCCGGGGACACUAGGGAACUGUCCUUUGGUAACACAGCUCAGGCGCAUCAUUAGAUGCACUUAUGCUGUGAACAGGACUAGGAUCCUGCAGAAAGUACAUCAGCAGCAAAGUAGUGAAGACGGUUGACCAGCCAGACAGACAGGCCCCUUCUGACCUUCAGUGGGCAGGCACAUACCUAACUUGCAAUUUUAACAUAAUUCCCAGCCAACACUUGAACAUCAGAAAUGUCCUGUACUGGUUAUGAUACUUGGAGAGUUCAUUUAAAUCAAACAUGUCAAACUCAAAGUCUGGAUCGGGCUACAUAAACAAGGUUUAAGUUUAUGUGGGCCGCAAAAAAAAAAAAAUACCGUAAAUUUUCAUAGAAACGUAGGUUUAUUUUAAAAAGUACAGUUUAAACCCCCUCCCCCAGCAUACCUCUCUACUAAACCACAGUACCCCCCUCUAUUAAAUCCCAGCCCCCCCUCUACUAAACCACAGCACCCCCUCUGCCACCCUGUGCCAAAUCUGAUCCUCCCGCUGACACACACAUAUUCACUGACAGACACACACAUAUUCACUGACAGACACAUAUUCACUGACAGACACAUACUCACUGACAUACACAUACUCACUGACACACACAUACUCACUGACAGACACAUACUCACUGACAGACACUCACACUCACAGACAGACACACACACACAGACUCACAGACAGACACUGACAGACACGCAGACAGACACACACACUCACUGACACACACACAUUUGCUCGCAGACACACACUCACUGGCAGACAGACACACACACAUACUCACAGACAGAGACUCACACACAUACUCACAGACAGACACACUCACAGACAGACACACUCACUGACAGACACACACACACUCACUGACACACACACUCACUGACAUACACACACAUUUGCUGUCAGACACACAGACACACACUCACUGACAGACAGACACACACAUACUCACUGACAGACACACACACUCACUGACAGACACUCACAGACAGACACACAGACUCACAGACACAUACUCACUGACAGACACGCACACAGACAGACACACUCACUGACACACACACACACGUUUGCUCGCAGACACACACUCACUGACAGACAGACACACACAAACAUACUCACAGACAGAGACUCACACACAUACUCACAGACACACACACUCACUGACACACACACACACUCACUGACAUACACACAUUUGCUGUCAGACACACAGACACACACUCACUGACAGACACACACACUCACUGACAGACACUCACAGACAGACACACACAGACUCACAGACAGACACAUACUCACUGACAGACACGCACACAGACAGACACACUCACUGACACACACACACAUUUGCUCGCAGACACACACUCACUGACAGACAGACACACACAAACAUACUCACAGACAGAGACUCACACACAUACUCACAGACAGACACACUCACUGACAGACACACACACUCACUGACAGACACACACACUCACUGACAUACACACAUAUUUGCUGACACACACAUACUCACUGACAGACACACACAUACGCAGACACACACACAUACUCACAGACAGAGACACACUCUCACUGACAGACACACACACAUACAUAUUUACAGACAGACACACACACUGACCCAGACACACACACACACACUUAUACAUUAUUACACACACAUACUUUUUUUUUUUUAUUGCUCCUUACCUUAUGGAGCUGGUGUGGGAAUCUUCUAUCUUGAGAUCUCUUUCCUGCUCCUCACUGCUCCCUCGUGCGGUUUAGUGAUGCCGGGUGCCGGAAUAUGACGUCAUAUUCCGGCGCCCGGCUUCACUUCAGACGGUGAGAGGGAGCAGUGAGGAGCAGGAAGGCUGAGCUCCCUCGCUGCCGCCAGCGUCCUGCUUCCUCCCCGACCGAGUAAAUGUUAGUAGAGUAGGCACCUGCAAUAUGGGGAAAGCAGGUGCCUACUCUGCUCUCUGCUAUAACACCAGCAUGUACUUGCGGGCCGCAAAGACGGUCCUUGUGGGCCACGAGUUUGACAUGCUUGAUUUAAAUGAUCAAAACAAUAAUUUCACACCAUUUAUACUUUUUUUUUUUUAUGAACUGUUGAUCAAAGUUAAGCUUUUUGUGGAGGUGUCUGUAUGCUCUAGUCAGUUUUAAAAGCAAAAUCUGAUUUCCUAGAUGCUUAAUGUUGUUUGGCAGUGAACUCUCUACUUCCUCAGUUUUACCAGAUUACUGUGUGGAGACAUGAAAAACAAACUUAGUUCCAUCUUUUAAAUAAAAACAAUUUACCAUCUACUUAGAUAAAACAUGAGGUUGUUCUUCUUUAUAAAACACCAACAUAUAUAACCUCAAUAUUGUAGGUUAUAAAGAGGCUGUUGUAAAUUUAAAUAAUAAUUUUUAAAAAAUGUAUCAGUAAUAGUCCACUUUAUAGUCCAUUGACUAAUCUAAAGAGAAACUGUCUUGUUUGAGAUGAUUUUUAAUGUAGAAUUUCAAACUGUGUAUGGCUCACUGAGUAUAUAUCUGUACUUAUAAAACUAUGCUUCUUACAUCAUCCCUCUCUUCUAAUAAGACACAGAAAGGACAUUUUAGGCAAAUUAGCUUCCUUUCUUUUUUUUGCGUUUUGCUGAAUAUCUCAAUUCCCAUGCCGAUUAAGUGGGUUUGUCAGCAUUCCUUUUGACGAAGGGUUGCGAUUUUGAGCCCAAGUCAUGAAACUUUAUUUCUGGGGGAAAUGAGGAACCACUGGCAAAUCCAAAAAAAAGGCAAAAUUACUAAUCCGCCAUCAAUUCAUUGUACUAGACAAAAAUAAAGUUGUAUGUAUAGUCUAGCCUGUAACAUUUUAAGAAGACAGUUGUGAUGUUAGAGUGUAGUAUUAUCAGUGCAAUUUAAGAACGACAUUGGCCUAUUUUUCAUAUGCAAAUGUUGACUUUAACAUUUUUUAAUCCAUAUUUGCUUCUCUAUGUUUGUAUCAUGUAUGUGUGUAUCAAGGAUACGCAACUAUGAACCAUGCAUUGUGGGAAAAUAAAAAGUCUGAAGGCAAAGCAAAGUGGUUUAUGGAUGGCUCUAAAGCCCAUCUGAUUUUUGCAACAACCGCAAAUAAUUAGUUCCUUCUAUCCAUACUGAUAUAUCUGUAGAAGACCUGGGAAGACAGCACAAUUCUGUCUCCCUAGCUACUCACCUGGCAUAUCAGUGAAAGGGAAAGGGCCAAAGAGUAAACUGCAGCUGUUGCUUAGGAGUGUACCACAAACCAAUCUUGGGCAUGUUCCAGUGUGCAAAAAGUUUGUGUGUUUUUUUGUUUUUGUUUCUGUUUGAAAAAAGUCUUGCAGUGUAAAAGAUGCAUAACCUUGAAAAGUCCAUUAUCAAAUAAUACCAUCUCAGGGUUCCGAAAAUGUUCAUAUACCACUUCACCUUCAGUUUUGUAGUUUAUUAUCAUAUUUUCUGAACAUGAGGAUGACAUUAUUUAUCCAUAAUUCAUACUUCACCAUUAUUUAUACUCCCUUCCUCUCUACCUCCACAUUAUGGAUAUGUGUGGGUUUGUAUGACACAACCGUUUCUUUGGAAAUUACUGUUAACUUCUUUUUAAUCCACUGCGGUCAGGCAAUCCAUAAAAACUAGAAAGAAAAAAAAAACCUUCUGUUUUAACCCUCACUUUGUUUCUGUCUUUCUUUUUCAUGUUCCAGCAGGAGCAGAUUUCUUGUUCACCCCCAGAAAGCCCUGGGCAAAACUGCAACACGUCCUCACCCUCCCUUCUCCAUGCACCUGGGGCACGAGCUUACAGGAUGGAAGAGGAUGCAGUCAGGCUGCCGGCACACCUGCGUGAGUACCACCGCCCACCUAGUCUACAUAUUUGCAAGAGCUCACUUAUUCCAGUCAUAUGUACAGAAUGCCUCAAGCUAUGUUCCCUUUUGGAAAUUCAAAGCUGCUAACUUUCAAAAUUAGAUCACACUUGAGCCAAAGAAUUUUGCUGUAGUAAAUUAUUAUUAUUAUUUUAUUUUUUAACGAUCCAAGCUUUUAUAACUGGAAAGGACACAUUUUAAAACGUUCAAACAAAAUUCUAGUAAUACAUUUGGAACUUGUCACAUCCAUAGUAGAAUGACCCCUGCCAAACCAAUCAUAGCAAGCCAAUAAUGUUAACUACAUUUUCUAUAGCAGAGCCAAACAUAUUCCAUAACCAGGGCCUUAUCAGUACAGCAAGGUUUUUGGAGUUUGUCGUUCAAUUGUCCGCCUUCUCCAAGUGUAAGCCUACAGAUCACCGGCAACUUACAGCAACCCAAGUUUUAAAAACAUGUACAGCAUUUGUUUUAGACGAGAAAAAAAGAUGUUGAUGAAAAGAUGGGUGAAAAAGUUUGGGUUUAUAGAGCAAAACUGAGCAUAUCAAAACUAUGCAAAGUAAAAAAAAAUUCCUUUCAUUCUAUUUGUAUGCACACUUUUACACAGAAGGGAUUUAGUAUAGUGACCUUAAGGUGUAAGCUCACUUGCCAACUGUAAUGCUAACCUAUGAGUCCUAUUUCUCUUUGGCUUUCUGCUCAAAUACAAAACCUCUAACCCUAAGAAUAUCCCUGUUGCAGUCAGAGUGAUUGACUUAGGUAGGUGAGCGUAAACUUUGGCUAUGACAAUGGUACUUUUAUAUGUUGGAGUUGAAUAUUAUAGUCAUUGUACACAGGAUUUAGUGUUAUGCCUAAUAUAUAAGUGUAAAAUCUCAUUGUUCAAGCCUUCACACAGCAGGGGGAUCAUGUGUACAGUUAUGUGUACAGUUAUAUAAAAACUAUAGCAUUGAGAAUAGAUGUUUCCAUUCCUAACUCUAUAGUGUCCCUUUAAGCACACCCACAUAUAAACAGUGACACAUUCUCUUAAUUGGAGGGCUGUUAAUUAACCAUUGAAAUGAUCAGCUAAAGAAGCAUUUCAUUGAUUGCAUGCAAGUACAGGAUGUAUUAGCUGGUUUUAAGAACUAUUGUAUUAGGGGAGAAUGCAUUUGAAGAGGGCGCUGAUAUCCGUGAAUAAACAGAAAUGGGCCCAGUUUGUCAAACAUGUAUUCCUGACAAUAUAAUCCUGACUCUUUAGGUGACUGUCCCACUCUGCUCCCAGUAAGAAGGCAAUUUUGCUCACCUUUUCUCUCACACUGCACCAGUUACACUGGCAGCUGGCUCCACCUCCAUGGCUGAGAUCAUCCAACUUGAUUAUCCCAACCAAUCCAAUGCUUUUGGGAGGCUAUUGCACAUGUGUGGCAAAACGCCUCGCUGCACAAAUCAGCAUCUACACGUAGAGAUGCACUAAAUCAAUCUUCUGCAAAAAGGCAGAGUUUACAUUGCUGCUUAGUAACACCUCUAGUGACAGUCAUUCAGAAGGCCACUAGAGAGUCCUGGGUCACUCUGCAUGGAGGCUCUGAAUGUUCCUCAUAGAGAUUCAUUAAUUUAAUGCAUCUCUAUGAGGAGAUGCGGAUUGGUACAUUUGCUACGCACAAAAUCCUCCCAAUGCUUUCCUAAGGGAAAGCAUUGGCUUAGCUGAGAUCAUAAACCUUGAUAAUCUCAGCCAUGGAGGUGGUACCAGCCAUGUCAAAACUUUUGGGAGGCUAUUGCACACGAAUCUCUUGACAGUCACACACACACUCUUGACAGGCUCUCACACACACACACAUACUCUGACAGGUUCGCUCACCCACACACACACACACAUACUCUCUUGACAGGCUCUCACACACAUACUCUCUUGACAGGCUCUCACACACAUACUCUCUUGACAGGCUCUCACACAGAUACUCUCUUGACAGGCUCUCACACAGAUACUCUCUUGACAGGCUCUCACACACAUACUCUCUUGACAGGCUCUCACACACAUACUCUCUUGACAGGCUCUCACACACAUACUCUCUUGACAGGCUCUCACACACAUACUCUCUUGACAGGCUCUCACACAUACUCUCUUGACAGGCUCUCACACAUACUCUUGACAGGCUCUCACACACACUCUUGACAGGCUCUCACACACACUCUUGACAGGCUCUCACACACACUCUUGACAGGCUCUCACACACACUCUCUUGACAGGCUCUCACACACACUCUUGACAGGUUCAAACACACCCUCUUGACACACUCUUACGCUGACAACAGGCUCGCAUGCACAAACUCUGACAGGCUCUCUCACCACACACACACUCACGCUGACAGGCUCACACACACAUUUUUGUUUUAAUUGAAAUCCACUCAGCCUCCCUACCUUUGGGUAACAUAAACCCCUUAAGGACGGCAGGCGUUCUUUGCCAUCCUUUUUGGUGUAGUACUAGACUCCGGCACGUGGCAUAGAACUUCCCCACCGUCCUUCAUACUUAUCGGGUUCCCGCCGAUCCCAUGCCGGCGGUUGUGAUCCUGGGGUCUGCCAGGGAAAGGCAGACUUCCUCGCCGUGAUCUGGCCCCACCUCUGGCCAUGUGAUCGCGGAGGAAGAGGAGGAAAAGGAGCAAAGCCAGUGAACAUGGACAGCUGUUUCGUUGUUAAUGCAACUCAUCAGCAUGAGGUUGGUUACUGGCUUUCAAUGGAGGCUUGGCGUUACUUGAGUUGCAUUAACAACAAAACAGCUGUCCAUGAGUGGUUCUCUGGCUUUGCUCCUCUUUCUGAGUUGUUUCAAAGCAGUUGUAUACAGCAGACACAUACUCCAAGGAAACCAUGUACAAAGUGGAAUUAUGAGGAAAAAAUGUGGUUCUUUGUUGAGCUCAUUUGCAUACACCUACCCAGAAUCCCUUGCAGUAGUGAGAGCACUGUUAAAGUGAGAUUUCUGUGGCAAAAGCAAGUCUUAUGGUUUGACUGGUGUGUGUAUUUGUGUUUAGCAAUGUUUUAAAUAUAUAUACACACACACAAAUAUAGUUAUAUAAUAUUUUUACAUAAUUAAGUCAUUUUAUUAAUUACAAUCUGAGGGACCUACCCGACAACCCAGGCAGAAAGUCCAGAGAAUUUGGCUUGCAAGCCCUAUAUGUAACCCUGUAACUUUCCAGGACACCAUAAAACCUGUACAUGGGAGGAACUGUUUUACUCAGGAGACUUCGCUAAACACAAAUAUUUGUGUUAAAAAAAACAGUAAAACAUAUCACAACGAUGAUAUUGUCAGUAAAAAUGCAUUUUUCACACACACACUGUACUUUUACGGACGAUAUAAUUGUUGUGAUACGUUUUAUUAUUUUGAAACACUAAUAUUCAUCGAAGUCUCCCGAGUAUAACAGUACCCCCAUGUACAGGUUUUAUGGUGUUUUCAAAACUUACUGAGUCAAAUAUAAGGCUUGAAUUUCUUUUUUUUUUUUAUUUGCCAGAUUGGUUAUGUUGCCUUUGAGACCGUAUUAUAACCCAGGAAUGAGAUUUACCCUCAUGAUGGCAUACCAUUUGCAAAAGUAGACAACCCAAGGUAUUGCAAAUGGUGUAUGUCCAGUCUUUUUUAGUACCCACCGCUUUGUUUUCCUGACACUAUAGUGAUCCUUUAAGGGGUUAAAAGGAACAUACCAAAUAUUGCAUGUUCCUGUAAAUCCUUUUCACUUCUGUUCCACUCACCUCGUGCAGAUAAUGGAACCUCAAUAUAACAAAUACAACGAAACAUGCAAGUGUGGUUUGUUUGUUUUUUCUUACAAGAAAUUAUAUAGUGAAAACGAUCAGUAGACAUUGAUAAUAUUUUUGUUUGUCUUACCUAAUCUAUUGUAGGUAUUUGCAUUUAUGUAGCACCAAUAUAUUCUAAAGAGCUGUACAGUUUGAAUAUAGGAAUACAACAGAAAACAAAUAAGAAACACAUUCACAAGCUUUAACCAGAAACAGGAGAUUAUAUUGGGGAGUAAAAAAAUAAAAUAAACUAACGACCACAACAUGGGCAGAAAAUCCCAGAGACCCACACAGAAUACAAGCAGGACCACACAGGACAUAGGCGACCUGCUGCAAAGACCAAUGGCGCCCAAGAUGGCGGCCUCGCCAGAUCGCACAACUGCCUCCCAAGAUGAAGGAGAGCAAUCCGGAGCCGAACAAGAACUAUUAACCGCUCAUCCAAUAAGGGAUCCACAAACUAACAGUACUAACCUCACACCGGCUACCAAACAAGACAUAGCCGACCUGCUGAAAGAAAUGAGACAAAUGCACGCAGCAGAUAUGGACUUGCUAAGGACCGAAAUGCAGGCAAUAAUUACACGCACUCAAGCCACUGAAGAGGACACCCUUGACUUGAAACAAGAGGUACAGGGGCUAAAAGAACAAAUAAUACUCAUGCAGACAUCCCAAUCCAACCUCACUACGAGAAUGGACCUAGCAGAGGACCGCAACAGACGCACUAACUUAAAACUGAGGGGGAUACCGGAUAGCGUGGACUCCACAGAACUAACCCACUACCUCAGACGUCUCAUAGCCACGCUCCUACCGCACGCCCAAGCCAAAAAAUUCACACUAGAUGGCUUCUUUAGGAUCAAAAAAGCAAGACAAGCUCCAGCCGCAGCUCCACAAGAUGUCAUCAUCCGGUGUCACUCAGUAGCAGACAAAAUCAAGAUUCUAACAGCAGUCCGAGGAAGGACACCACUUGCAUUUGAAUCAUCCCACAUUACCUUCUAUCAGGACUUAACAAGAAACACGCUGUUGUGGCGCAGGUCCCUGGCACGAGUGACAAGAAGUCUGCGUGAAGCUAAAAUUGAGUACAAAUGGACUCUACCAAGGACUCUGACUGUUACCAAAAACGGUACCGCACACAACCUAUCCUCACUACAGGAGGCAGAACAGUUCCUACGCGCAGUAGGGAUUCAUGCCGGAUCCGCAGCACAGGAAAACCCCACAUCUUCGCACACCUGGGACCCUGACAGAACGACUCCAUUCAUCCCCAGGAAUAGAGAACACCGGAGAGAACCGACCUGAACUGUAAAAAUAGUAGCCAACACGCAUACAAUGCGUUAACCGGUUCCGGCCUCGCCUUCUGUUUUACCUUUAGUUUCUUAUGUUGUUUUCACUGUUUAAUUAUCUCAAUGUUUUACUGUAACAUAUGCACCUACACGACUAACUAUACGCUACACUAUAACUGCUGCCGACAUAACAUCAGACAAGACCUACCCUGAAAAAGCUCCAGGGAGAACACACCUCCUCCCACCCCCCCCGUGACCCCCUCGGUAAGGAGUCAAUUCCCAACCCACUGGACGAUCGCUGAGGCACACAUAGGCUCAAAGAGCGACAACCCCUAUAUACAUGUAUACACAAACAGACACACGCUGACAUACGCGGACUUCAUAGCACUCACCUGUGGACACGCACAUCACUGAGGACAACCAUUCGUACACACAAAUAACCCCUUCCGGGAACAUAUAAGGGGGCACGAACACGCAACCAACCCCAAACAGACAACCCUUGGGUUAUUAUUACUCCAAUGUUGCCUCAGUUCGACACCAACUGAUCCACAAAUUAUUUUAAAAAUGUGCAGAACUAGCUGACACCACAGACUAGAAUCGACUGACUGCUAUGUAUGCCUAAACUACGUUGUGAUGUCAUGAAACGUUUUGAAAACCCGGAAGGCUGUUGUGGCCAUACGGGUAGUUAUGUAACUAACCUUGCACGCAAAAAUAAAGAAUUGCAAAGAAAAAAAUAAAUAAAUAAAUAAAUAAAAUAAAAUAAAAAAACUACAAGAAGCAGGUGGUAUUUGGAAGAAUAAAAUAAAUCAUUUUUAAAACAAUGUAUAAUCUCUCUGGUCUAUAUAAUGGUAUCUAUAUGGUAAAUGUACAGAUCUAGUCUCCGGUGUGAAUUUUUAGAUUGCCCACAAAUACAGCAUUUGUACUUCAAAAUGCGGUGCAUCUAUAAAUCAUUGCUCGAAAGUGAUUUAACAUUGUGCAGUAUUUUAGAUAAUGCACUAAGGAGAUAAAACUGAAUUUUUUUUGCAAAACAAGGUCCCUUUGGUGGCUAUUUGAUGUAAGUCUGUAAAUUGCGCAUUAAAUGUCAUUGUGUAACCCAGUGAAAGCCUUAGGGACCAGCACGAACAGUGCUUAAAGAGCUUGCUAGUAUCUAAGAAUUAGGAAUGUCGUUGGUUUUUGGUUUACUGCUGUGCUCUCCAUCUUUCUAGUUAAUGAAAUGGCUUGUAUAAUAUACAAAUUCAAAUAUUUGUAGCCAGGGACUGAAGAAAUCUACAGAAAGAGGAGUUAUAUACCGUAUAAACUCGAAUAUAAGCCGAGUUUUUCAGCACAUUUUUUGUGCUGAAAAAGCCCCACUUGGCUUAUACUCGAGUCAAGGUCUGUAUUAUGGCAACUUACAUUGCCAUAAUACAGACCAGGACCGCCGGGCUCAUUAUAAGCCCGGCGGUCCUGUUGGGGGCUGGCCGCGAGCUCUUACUUACCUUUGUAGCAGCUCCGGUCAGCACGGUGCAGCUCCCCAAUUCAGCUCACAGUAUAAGUCUCGCGACACCCGGGGCCAUCAGAGAGACCACAAAACUUACACUGUGAGCUGAACUGGGGAGCUGCACGGAGCUGACAGGUAACUGACCGGAGCUGCUACAAAGGUAAGAGCUCGCUCCGGCCCCCCAUGCACAACCCAUCCACUGGACCACCAGAGAUUGCCAUAGCCCCCCUCCCUGACAAAAAAAAUUUCAUUUUAUAAUAUUAAAAUAAAAAAUAAAUUAAAAUAUUAAAAUAAAAAAAUAAAAAUAAAAUAAUAUUAAAAUUAUAAAAAUGCCCUCUCCCACCCAGUUUACACACACACACACUACACACACACUGCAUUCACACAAACACACACACUCUGCAUUCAUUAUAUACACACACUACACAAACACACACACUGCAUUCAUUAUAUACACACACUACACAAACACACACACUGCAUUCAUUAUAUACACACAUUACACAAACACAAACACUCUGCAUUCAUUGUAUACACACUACACAAACACACACACACUGCAUUCAUUAUAUACACACACUACACAAACACACACACACACACACUGCAUUUGUUAUAUACACACACUGUAAAUAAAUAUUAGUUUAAUGUAAUUUUACUGGGAUCUAAUUUUAUUUAGAAAUUUACCAGUAGCUGCCGCAUUUCACACCCUAUGCUUAUACUCGAGUCAAUCCGUUUUCCCGUUUUCUUGUGCUAAAAUUAGGGGCCUCGGCUUAUAUUCGGGUUGACUUAUACUCGAGUAUAUACGGUACCCUACAAAGAUACUGUUAUAUUAAACUCCAGGUUUUAUUCCGUAACCACUGAAUUGCAGCGAGCUGAAAAGCAAAGUGCCUAAUUUAGGGCAAAAUAGCCAAAUUGUGACUACAGCAGAAUAAUUUUCUUUCUAUUUGGAGGCUUCUGAAUAGACACCUUGUAGUUUGAGCAGUCUCAUUUCACUGACUGAUAUCAAACAAAUCAUAUUUCAGCUUUACACCUUGAUAUCAUUAGUGAGGUAAUUAUAUCACACUCAUUUUCAUGUUGUUGUCAUCUGUUCUGCCCUUUUGCUCAUUGUCCACUGAAUGGGAGCAAGUAAUCAAAAUUUAUAUUUUAGCUUUGGUUGCUAAUAAAGUACUAAUAAAGCAAUAAUCGUUUAAAUAAAUAAACCAUUAACAAUGUAGAAUUAAUCUGUAGAUAAUCAAAAUAUGUAGAUAAUGAUAAUCAAUUCCGGGGUCAAUAAAUAUAUUUAAAGGGAUUCUAUAGUUUAUAGAAUACAAAGCUGUAUUCUCCCCCACCCACCAUUGUUUCAAGGAUUAAAAAAAAACUUCUGACACUUACCUGAUUCCAGCAAUGACCUGGGUUGGUGCUUCUCCUCCCACACCCACCGGGGGGCUAAUGUGUAUGUGCUGAGAGCACAUUUGGCCCUCCCCAUAGGACAGCAUUGCUAUAAAGCUUUCUUAUUGGGGAUUUAACGGACGCUGAAUAUCUUCAUGUAGAACCACCAGGAAGUGUCUCUAGCACUUGUCUGAUUGACAACCACUAGAGUCCGUUUUAGUCCUGCAAUGUUAUCAUUGCAGUUUCUCAAAAACACUAAUGAUUUACAUUGCAGGACUAAGUGUCACUGGGACACUGCACCUAGACCACUUCAAUGCGUUGAAGUUGUCUGGGUGCCUAUUGUUGUGCAUACAAUUGGUUACCCUGUAUCAGGUAAAAAGGAAACUUCUUUAUAGGAGUUAUAUCUCUGAAAGCAGCAUGGGAAAUAGCACAUAUUUUUAUAGUAGACAUGCAUGUGAAAUCCAUAUACAGUGCUCAGAAUAUGGCCGGUAUAGGUUUAAAGAAAGUGACUGUAUUCUUCUUAUGAUAUUGUGCAACUUAUUAACACAACAUACUUUGGCAUGCCCAUAAUAUACCAGGCCUGCCUCAACGUCCUCCAUAGCAAACCUUCUCUGCUCUCUGGAACAGUCGUGCACCAAUCUAACCAUUUUCAUUCUCUCAUAGCUCAGGCCGUAUGAAAAGGGGAAUUUUUAGACUAGAGAAAUUGCACAAGUUCAUGGGAAAGCUUUUUUACAGAACUUUUCUCCUGAAGGGGAGGAUGUUUCUUAACUCUUUAUAGUACUUGGUUUUUACAAACUGUUAUGUACUAAUCCAUCAUAUGGAUAACAGACCUUUAUUCAGAGGGUUCUUUAUUUAUGGUGGAUUAAAUAAAGAUUUCAGAUUUAAUCGGCCAAAUUUAUCCAAAUAAAAUCAUACCACUUAAAUGUAAAUGUGGUAGCUAGAACAAGAGAACAUGGUCUGAAUUUGGAUGGAGGGAUUAAAGGUUUAGGUUUAGUGCUUUUCACUCAAGUAGUUGUAGAUGUCUUAAAAUAUCUUCCAGUAGGUGGUAACAACCUAGUAUAAGAGUUUGAGAAAGUUUGGAAUACACAUGCUGCUGUCUAGAUGUAUCGAUAAACUAGAUCAAGAAUAAAGCCUGUGCUUUUAAAUGGCCAAGCUUGACUGUUAAAUUCACUGUUAUGUUUCUAAUUAACCUUGUGUAUAACUAAGCACUGUGUCCAGUGUCAUUCUGAGAUUGCCAUGACUGGGACAUAGCAAUACCAGGGUACUCUUUAUAUAGAAAAGAUAAGGAAGGCAAGAAAGGGGGAGGGGUGGCCCUGUAUGUGAAGGAUAGCAUAAAAUCUAGCCUAAUAAAAGUUAGUGAGGCAAACUUAGAGUCCAUUUGGGUUACGUUAGAAUUUGGUAAUCACACAGUAACUCGUGUAGGUGUGAUUUAUAGGCCCCCAGGACAAAUUGAAGAGUUAGAUAAUCUACUAGUUGAGUAGCUAAAAUGACAAUGAAGAGGGAAGUUAUCAUCAUGGGUGACUUUAAUCUUCCUGAUGUAAAUUGGAAAACAAAAUUAGCUACUUGUGCCAGGAGCACACAUAUUCUAAACUCCCUACUGGGAUUGUCUCUAAAACAAAUUGUUAAGGAGCCAACUCGUAAAGAGGCCAUACUAGAUUUAGUGUUAACAAAUGGAGAUUUGGUAUCAGAUAUUACUGUAGGUGAAAGUUUAGGAUCCAGUGAUCAUCAGUCAGUGUGGUUUAAUAUAAGAACAGUGACUGAGUCACACCACACAAAAACAAAAGUUUUAGACUUUAGAAAAACAGACUUUUCUAAAAUUAGACUAUGUGUAGAGGAGUCAUUAUCAGACUGGAACAAUUUAAAUGGAGUCCAAGAGAAAUGGGAUUAUUUAAAAGUUGUACUAUUGAAGCCAACAGAAAAUUGCAUUAGGCUUGUCAGUAAAACAAAAAAUUCAAGAAACCACUGUGGUACUCCGCAGAUGUGGCCAAAAUAGUUAAAAACAAAAAGUUAGCAUUUAGGAAUUAUAAAAAAAACCCAGAGUGAGCAAGACAAAAUGAUAUAUAAGAUUAGGCAGAAAGAGGCUAAGCAAGUUAUGAGAGCUUCCAAAUCACACACAGAAGAGAAAAUAGCAUAGUCAGUAAAAAAGGGGGACAAAACAUGUUUUAGAUACAUAAAUGAGAAAAGAAAAGUAAAACAAGGAUUAGUUAGGUUAAAAACAAAAGAAGGAAGGUAUGUAGAAGAGGAUUAAGGUCUAGCUGACUGCCUCAAUUAAUAUUUUUGUUAUGUAUUUACAGAUGAAAAUGAAGGAAAGGCACCUCAGUUAAGAAAAAGGAUAAAUGAGUCAUUUAUUACAUGUGAGUUUACAGAGGAAGAGGUUCUAUUUCAACUGUCAAAAGUAAAGACAAAUAAGUCAAUGGGACCUGAUGGAAUACACCCAAAGCUAUUAAAAGAGCUUAGUGGUAUACUAGCAAAACCAUUAACAGAUUUAUUUAACCAAUCAUUGUUAACAAGAGUAGUCCCAGAAGAUUGGAAGUUAGCGAAUGUUGUGCCCAUUUACAUGAAAGGUAAUAGGGAGGAGUCGGGCAACUAUAGGCCAGUAAGCCUUACUUCAGUAGUGGGGAAAGUAUCUUCAUGUAGAACCACCAGGAAGUGUCUCUAGCACUUGUCUGAUUGACAACCACUAGAGUCCGUUUUAGUCCUGCAAUGUUAUCAUUGCAGUUUCUCAAAAACACUAAUGAUUUACAUUGCAGGACUAAGUGUCACUGGGACACUGCACCUAGACCACUUCAAUGCGUUGAAGUUGUCUGGGUGCCUAUUGUUGUGCAUACAAUUGGUUACCCUGUAUCAGGUAAAAAGGAAACUUCUUUAUAGGAGUUAUAUCUCUGAAAGCAGCAUGGGAAAUAGCACAUAUUUUUAUAGUAGACAUGCAUGUGAAAUCCAUAUACAGUGCUCAGAAUAUGGCCGGUAUAGGUUUAAAGAAAGUGACUGUAUUCUUCUUAUGAUAUUGUGCAACUUAUUAACACAACAUACUUUGGCAUGCCCAUAAUAUACCAGGCCUGCCUCAACGUCCUCCAUAGCAAACCUUCUCUGCUCUCUGGAACAGUCGUGCACCAAUCUAACCAUUUUCAUUCUCUCAUAGCUCAGGCCGUAUGAAAAGGGGAAUUUUUAGACUAGAGAAAUUGCACAAGUUCAUGGGAAAGCUUUUUUACAGAACUUUUCUCCUGAAGGGGAGGAUGUUUCUUAACUCUUUAUAGUACUUGGUUUUUACAAACUGUUAUGUACUAAUCCAUCAUAUGGAUAACAGACCUUUAUUCAGAGGGUUCUUUAUUUAUGGUGGAUUAAAUAAAGAUUUCAGAUUUAAUCGGCCAAAUUUAUCCAAAUAAAAUCAUACCACUUAAAUGUAAAUGUGGUAGCUAGAACAAGAGAACAUGGUCUGAAUUUGGAUGGAGGGAUUAAAGGUUUAGGUUUAGUGCUUUUCACUCAAGUAGUUGUAGAUGUCUUAAAAUAUCUUCCAGUAGGUGGUAACAACCUAGUAUAAGAGUUUGAGAAAGUUUGGAAUACACAUGCUGCUGUCUAGAUGUAUCGAUAAACUAGAUCAAGAAUAAAGCCUGUGCUUUUAAAUGGCCAAGCUUGACUGUUAAAUUCACUGUUAUGUUUCUAAUUAACCUUGUGUAUAACUAAGCACUGUGUCCAGUGUCAUUCUGAGAUUGCCAUGACUGGGACAUAGCAAUACCAGGGUACUCUUUAUAUAGAAAAGAUAAGGAAGGCAAGAAAGGGGGAGGGGUGGCCCUGUAUGUGAAGGAUAGCAUAAAAUCUAGCCUAAUAAAAGUUAGUGAGGCAAACUUAGAGUCCAUUUGGGUUACGUUAGAAUUUGGUAAUCACACAGUAACUCGUGUAGGUGUGAUUUAUAGGCCCCCAGGACAAAUUGAAGAGUUAGAUAAUCUACUAGUUGAGUAGCUAAAAUGACAAUGAAGAGGGAAGUUAUCAUCAUGGGUGACUUUAAUCUUCCUGAUGUAAAUUGGAAAACAAAAUUAGCUACUUGUGCCAGGAGCACACAUAUUCUAAACUCCCUACUGGGAUUGUCUCUAAAACAAGUUGUUGAGGAGUCAACUCGUAAAGAGGCCAUACUAGAUUUAGUGUUAACAAAUGGAGAUUUGGUAUCAGAUAUUACUGUAGGUGAAAGUUUAGGAUCCAGUGACCAUCAGUCAGUGUGGUUUAAUAUAAGAACAGUGACUGAGUCACACCACACAAAAACAAAAGUUUUAGACUUUAGAAAAACAGACUUUUCUAAAAUUAGGAUAUGGGUAGAGGAGUCAUUAUCAGACUGGAGCAAUUUAAAUGGAGUCCAAGAGAAAUGGGAUUAUUUAAAAGUUGCACUAUUGAAGGCAACAGAAAAUUGCAUUAGGUUUGUCAGUAAAAGCAAAAAAUUCAAGAAACCACUGUGGUACUCUGCAGAUGUGGCCAAAAACAAAAAGUUAGUAUUUAGGAAUUAUAAAAAAACCCAGAGUGAGGAAGACAAAAUUAUCUAUAAGAUUAGGCAGAAAGAGGCUAAGCAAGUUAUAAGAGCUUCCAAAUCACACACAGAAGAGAAAAUAGCACAGUCAGUAAAAAAGGGGGAUAAAACAUGUUUUAGAUACAUAAAUGAGAAAAGAAAAGUAAAACAAGGAUUAGUUAGAUUAAAAACAAAAGAAGGAAGGUAUGUAGAAGAGGAUUAAGGUCUAGCUGACUGCCUCAAUUAAUAUUUUUGUUAUGUAUUUACAGAUGAAAAUGAAGGAAAGGCACCUCAGUUAAGAAAAAGGAUAAAUGAGUCAUUUAUUACAUGUGAGUUUACAGAGGAAGAGGUUCUAUUUCAACUGUCAAAAGUAAAGACAAAUAAGUCAAUGGGACCUGAUGGAAUACACCCAAAGCUAUUAAAAGAGCUUAGUGGUAUACUAGCAAAACCAUUAACAGAUUUAUUUAACCAAUCAUUGUUAACAAGAGUAGUCCCAGAAGAUUGGAAGUUAGCGAAUGUUGUGCCCAUUUACAUGAAAGGUAAUAGGGAGGAGUCGGGCAACUAUAGGCCAGUAAGCCUUACUUCAGUAGUGGGGAAAGUGAUAGAAACCAUAUUAAAGGAUAGGAUUGUUGAACAUCUAAAAACACAUGGAUUUCAAGAUUAGAGACAACAUGGGUUUACUUCAGGGAGAUCAUGCCAAACUAAUCUUAUUGAUUUUUUUGAUUGGGUAACUACAAUUAUAGAUCAGGGUGGUGCAGUAGACAUUGCUUACCUAGAUUUCAGUAAGGCUUUGACACUGUUGCACAUAGAAGGCUUAUCAAUAAACUGCAAUCUUUAAGUUUGGAUUCCAAUAUUGUUGAAUGGGUAAGGCAGUGGCUGAGUGACAGGCAACAGAGGGUUGUAGUUAAUGGAAUAUAUAUUCGAAGCUUGGACUUGUCACCAGUGGGGUACCUCAGGGAUCUGUACUUGGACCCAUUCUCUUUAAUAUUUUUAUUAGUGAUAUUACAGAAGGUCUUGAUGGUAAGGUAUGUCUUUUUGCUGAUGAUACUAAGAUAUGUAACAGGGUGGAUGUUCCAGGAGGGGUAAGCCAAAUGGCAAAUGAUUUAGGUAAACUAGAAAAAUGGUCAGAAUUGUGGCAACUGACAUUUAAUGUGGAUAAGUGCAAGAUAAUGCAUCUUGGACGUAAAAACCCAAGGGCAGAGUACAGAAUAUUUCAUAGAGUCCUAACCUCAACAUAUGAGGAAAAGGAUUUAGGGGUGAUUAUUUAUGAUGACUUAAAGGUAGGCAGACAAUGUAAUAGAGCAGCAGGAAAUGCUAGCAGAAUGCUUGGUUGUAUAGGGAAAGGUAUUAGCAGUAGAAAGAGGGAAGUGCUCGUGCCAUUGUACAGAACACUGGUGAGACCUCACUUGGAGUAUUGUACACAGUACUGGAGACCGUAUCUUUAGAAGGAUAUUGAUACCUUAGAGAGGGUUCAGAGAAGGGCUACUAAACUGGUUCAUGGAUUGCGGGAUAAAACUUACCAGGAAAGGUUAAAGGAUCUUAACAUGUAUCGCUUGGAGGAAAGAUGAGACAGGGGGAUAUCAUAGAAACAUUUAAAUAUAUAAAGGGAAUCAACACAGUAAAAAAGGAGACUAUAUUUAAAAGAAGAAAAACUACCACAACAAGAGGACAUAGUCUCAAAUUAGAGGGACAAAGGUUUAAAAAUAACAUCAGGAAGUAUUACUUUACUGAGAGGGUAGUGGAUGCAUGGAAUAGCCUUCCAGCUGAAGUGGUAGAGGUUAACACAGUAAAGGAGUUUAAGCAUGCGUGGCAUAGGCUAUCCUAACUAUAAGAUAAGACUAGGGACUAAUGAAAGUAUUUAGAAAAUUGGGCAGACUAGAUGGGCCGAAUGGUUCUUAUCUGCCGUCACAUUCUAUGUUUCUAUAGCCAUGGCUCCGUGGCCCCAAAAGCAUGGAAUCUGAAACCUUGCUGCAGAAAGAGAGAAGCAGUAAUGAUUUAACGAUCUAUAAGGAGCGCCAAUGGAAAUAUGCGAUCGAGUGACAGCUCGCCUUUCUAAGAGCUUCUGCAGCAGCACUAUAGUGCCCUGAGGGUGCCCCCACCCUCAGGGACCCCCUCCCGCCCGGCUCUGGAAGGGGGAAAGGGGUAAAAACUUACCUUUUUCCAGCGCUGGGCGGGGAGCUCUCUGCCUCCUCUCCUCCUCCGUUCCUCCUCCUGGGUUGAAUCGCCGCAGCGGCAAGAGCUGCGCGCAUUCAGCGAUGCGCGAAAGCAUUCAAUGCUUUCCUAUGGACGCUUGCGUGCUCUCACUGUGAAAAUCACAGUGAGAAGCACGCAAGCGCCACUAGUGUCAAUGAGACAGCCACUAGAGGAUUAGGGGGAAGGAUUAACCCAUUUAUAAACAUAGCAGUUUCUCUGAAACUGCUAUGUUUAUAAAAAAAAAUGGGUUAACCCUAGAAGCACCUGGCACCCAGACCACUUCAUUAAGCUGAAGUGGUCUGGGUGCCUAGAGUGGUCCUUUAAACUUGUGACUUAAUAAUUUUCCCUCUAAAGUUGUAGAUUGUGUAUAGCUCUGUUGUUAUAUUGAUUGAUAGGAACUAGUGACUUUUCACUGUCAUUAAGAUUUAAUCCUUUAAUAAUCAGAAUUUGCCUCUGUGCAUAUGUAACAAUUUAAUAUUGUUGGUUGAACGUUAAAUGGUGUUUAUUUUGAACUGUACCAUUAAACUCAAUGCUUUAAUAGUUGGACCUUGCCAGGUUGAUGGAAAUACGUGGAGAAUUGCUGAAACUGGAGGCUUUAGGCUUUAGAGUUACUUACCCAGGUUAGUCAGAGAAACCUUUGUUUUUAAAGGGUACUCCAACAAUCAACCAUGACCACUUUUACUUUCAGAAGAGCUUUUCAGCUUGAAACGCAGCACAUAUAGAGAUAUUUGUAAUAGUUACACAUAAUGUCAGUUCUUUGCUAAAUUUAGGUCAACGUGGCCAUCAGCAUUGCAGUCAGGGCACCUACGAGGUUUGUUAUGCAGAUUCUGUUUAAUAUGUCCCGGUUAUGUAUUUUUACAAAAAAAAGUAAAUUGCUUUAAAGCUUGGAUUUAAAUGGACACUAUAGUGUCAGGAAAACCUAUAGUCCCCAGAGGGUGCCCCCCAGAGGGUGCCCUCCCCCUCCCGCAGUGCUGAAGGGGUUAAAACCCCUUCAGCUACUCACCCUUACCUCUCCUCCCCCGCCGAUGCCAGCUGACGUCACUGACGCCGAAUGCGCAUGCACGGCAGUGCCGCAGUACAUCAGGCAGGGUUAACCCUAGAGGGACAUGACACCCAGACUUCUUUGAGCUGAAGUGGUCUGGGUGACUAUAUAAUUGAUGAUCUCAGCCAUGGAUGUGAGGCUGGCACAUCGCGGGGUAAAAGGUGGGUAAAAUCAUCUUUCCCAUUCGAUCAGAGGGGGGCCAGUCACCUAAACACACACUCACUGAUAGACCAACGCAGACACAUUGACAGACACACACAUUCUCUUACGCAUACACAAAUUGUUUUAUUUUAAUUUAAAGAAACACAAACCCUUAAAAGAUGCCUCCUUUGCUGACCUCAUUAGAUUUGAUGAGUUAAGCCAAUCCGCAUUGGAUUGGCUGAGAUCAGUAAGGAGGUGGGAUUGGUGCGGGAUCAAACACUGGCUUGGCCAAUCAGUCUCUCCUCAUAGAGAUGCAUUGAAUCAAUGCAUCUCGAUGAGGAAUGUUCAGUGACACUGCCCCAGGAAGCACCUCUAGCAAACAUCUGAAAGUGUCCCCAGGGGACAAUGUAAGCUGCAAAAAGCCUACAGGGACUGACUAUACUCACCAGAAGAAUACAUUAAGCUGUAGUUGUUCUGGUGACUAUAGUGUCACUUCAAGUCUGCCCAGCCCUAACUUUAGAAUAGGUGGAGUGGUUCCUUCCCCUGGGCUUUAGUGGAACUGCUGUGAUCCUAUAAUCUUCAUGCGCUUCUUGCUCUGCUCCGUCACGCACUGUUUAGUGAUGCCGGGGCUGGAGUGACAUCAUAUCACAACAUCACAGCAGGAACCAGAGUAAGAUGAGCGUGAAGAUUACAGCUCCCUCUAUUUCUUACAAAUGCCCACCUUCGGGUGACUGGUGCUGAACGGACUGACAAACACCAAGGCGCCAAUACAAAAUUCCUAGUCGCCAUAGCGACCAGGUGCCUGGGAUUUGUCAAACCAUGCGUUAAAAGUUCCAUGACCGGUACCCUUUAAGAGGUUGUGAGGAUUCGAACUGUCCAAUUUCCUUUACAUUAUGCUGUUUCACAUUUCCUGCUGAUAUGACCUAACCUGCAUUUGCUUCAUGUUAUUUCGUUCCUAUUACACCGCACUGCAUGACUUGUGUGAAAUUCUGAUCACUGCACGUCUUUGGGUUUCUUUAAUGGCUAAUGCAAGAAAUAUCCAUGCUGUUUCUAUGCUAUAUUUUUUGUUUAUUUUGAGUAUGUAAUAUACACUGAACAGUGUAAAUGUGUAUCGUCAUUUAUAUUACAUUGCUUUAAAAACAAGUGGCAGUUAAACCUGUACGAUUCGCUUCUUUCACUUCUACUUAUUUUCUUACAUAUUAUACUUCUGCUUGCACUCUACUGUUCCUACUCACAAUAAAAAUGUAUUGUAAAAAAAAAAAAAAAUAUGAAGCUCUGGUCAGCACCAUGUGUCUCCAUGCAGACCAUAUACAGUUAAUUACUCUCCCCUGUCUGUGCAAACACAGACUAGGUACAGAUAGGUGCCCCCCCACCUUCUUGUCCCUUCUUUUUGGAACAUGAGGGAAAUUUCCUAUUUGGGGAAUUUGGAGUGCAAGGAAUUUCCUGUGUGGGUUGAUGAGGUUUCCGGCAGAGAGGUUCUUGGAACGCGGCAGCGUUUCCUAACUAUAUGACGAAUUCAAGUCACAACUAGAAAGUGCAUGACAGCCUUUGACUAAAAUUAACUCCUUCACCAAUGUGCAGCAGGAAUCACCAUCCAUAAUAAAAACAGAUCAGGUAUUGCAAACAUUCCUCGCAACUGCAUACAGCAAACUAUAUCUAUAGUACUUUUAUUUUUCUUUUCUUUUUUUCCAGGUACUUAAAAACUAAACAAAUAAAAUGACUGUAACUUGGGUAUUCUUGGAUUCUAUACAAAUAUACACAGUGAUAAGAAUUUCUCAGGCACUAAGGAAAGUCAGAUAGGUGCCUCCUGAGAUAGUUUUCAUAAGGCGUUCCGUUUCAGGCUGCUUGCCCAGCAUAAGAGAAAUAGGUCAUCACGGCAAAGAGGAUUAGCAAAAAAAAAUAAUUACUUUUUAGGGGUAAUUUCAGCAAUCGCCUGCAGACUGCACAUUGUCCGUACAAGCCAUUUUUUGGGGGGUGCUUAUAAAAAUAUACACUUUACAUUUCAAAUUUUAUUUAACAGAGUCCUACAAUCUGUGACAGAAAAACUACUUGCUGGGCACUGUAAUGUCAUUAUAUUUCUUACUUUUGCAUUCAUCGACAUUUGCCAUCAAUUCAAGACACAUGGGUCAAGUCUGAUUCGGCCUGCAGGAGAUGUUCUUACAUAAAGGAGUCUGUGACCUGAUGUCUUACAAAAGACCAAGCCAAGUCAUUUGAGUUCACUGAUCACCGUCUAACUGCCGGGAGUUUCCCAGAAAAUGUCACUAAAUUAUAAUUUCUGGGUGUCACCUUUCCAACCAGUAGAGCCACCCAACACUUAGCAAUGCAAAAACAUCUCUGCCAUAUAUCUUCUAUGUCCUUGCUAUUCGAGGCAGAGCUCGAUAAGCUACUAUUAAUGAUAUAUAUAUUUUGUUUGUUGCUUCAGUGACGGCUGUGUAUUUCUAAAGUGUCAAGGCAAUAAAUCCACCCAAUCAUCCUUAAAGGCUUCUUUUUUUUUUUUUUUUUUUCAAUCUUCAUUCUCAUUUCCUUUUAUUUUCUAACUGUGUUUUAGAAACAGUGGAUUUAAUUUGUUUUAUUUUGUACCAGUACAAAAACAGGCUUAGCCACUGGGUUCUAACGCUUAAUUGCAUAAGUACUUAGAUGACUCUCUGCAGACACGAGGAUUCAUUGAUGGUAAUUCUGAGAUUGUCAGUGGAAACCACUAAAGUCACCCUUACCAUUUAAUCUUAAUGAAGUGGCCUGGAUGCAGUGGUCCAGUCAUAUUAGCCCUACAAUGUGAAUCAUUGUAGUUGUUUUUAGAAACCACAAUGUUUACAUUGCAGGGUGACAUACACUUCUGUGCAAAAGAUGUAGGAUCACAAUAUAUAUAUAAAUAUAAAUUGUGUGUGUGUGUGUGAUAAAUAUCAGUGUAUGUGAUGUGCAGAUGAAACCUGAGAAGCUGGUGACCUUGUGAUCCAUUGAAUCAUAGAGAUGUCUGUUUAAUUACUAAUAUUUAGUAUUAAAUUACUGUGUUUGCGUACUAACAAUGCCCCUUUAAAAUAUUUAAAAUAUUUUCUCAUGUGAAUUUAAAUUUAUGGAAAAAAAAAAAGAAAAUGUUGGUUAAAAUAUAUUCCAAAUGGCUGUGGGGACUUGUAUUAUGCACAAUACAAGCUCAAUCAAGGAUCAACUCAACUAUUGGACUGUAUUUCUCGUAGCACUGUGCCAGUUAUUGUUGGCAGAAUGAUGGUAAUUAGUUUGAUCAGUAUUGGGCAUGCUGGUUUAAAACACUGCUGCCACUUCUGUAGUUAAGGAGUGUAUCUUGAUUUCAUUGACAGGUAAACAUGUACCCUUCAUGUAACUCCCAGUUGUGACACGUGGUUGUCACAGAAAUAUGCAGCUGCCCGGGCAGGCCUGUUGUGUGUGAUAACAGCAUACAGCAAUGUCUGUUUGACCGCAGGAAAUUUCCUGCAUCGAAGACACAUCUUUCUGUUUUGAUGCAGUGCAUGAUGGGAAAGGGCUAACAGGCAAAACUCAAGUUGUGAAAAAUAGUAAAAAAAAAAAAAAAAAAACAACCAAUUGAGUAUAUGUUUUGUUAACUAUUUAAUUCUUAAUCCAUAGGUUGCUCAUAUUUAUUGUAUAUAGUUUUAGUUUUUUCAUAUGUGCUUUUUCUUAGUACAUAUUCUUGACAGUUAUGUACAAUUCAUGUUUAGGGUUUUUGGCUGUUGGGUAUGUAGGUGCUAUGUCAAUUUUAUUUGUAAUGUUCUCUUGCCAUUCCCGCAGGUCUUCCCCCUGCACAGUGGACGAGGGAGGAUGUGUCCCAAUGGUUACGAUGGGCUGAGAAUGAAUUCUCUCUGCGUGCCAUAGAAAGCAACACUUUUGAAAUGAAUGGCAAAGCCCUGCUACUUCUAACGAAGGAAGACUUUAGAUAUCGGUGCUCACACUCCGGUAAGAAAAUCGCAAGAUGGGAGCAUGGGUCAGUGUAUUAGCCAUAUUAGGGGAAGUUGGCUUACUUUUAGCAGCUUGCACUUAGAUGACAAAAAGGGUGAUUUUUUAAAUAAUAAAUGUUCUGCAAUCAAGCAGGAAAUUCCAUUUGGUUAGAACAGCCCCAAGAUGGCUGUUUUUGUGUCUGUAUAUGUGUAUAUUCUAGAUAAUCUGAAAAAAAACAAUGUGUCAAUCCAUCAAUAGGUUUGUGUAGCUGUCCAUCUCUCACUGGGUAACUCAGUUGUCACUAAGGUGCUGUGUAUACCUAAACUAGGGCUUCAAUUUAACAUUUUCAAAUAAGCUUUGCAAAUGUUCACAAACUUUAAAGAAAAAAGAUCAUUUAUAUGUGAUUAUUUGUGAAUAAAUAAUUUGAAAAGUUUUUCUAUCAGAUUUUGAUCAUUUGAAAAGCUUAUCCAAAAAUAUUAAAUUGAGGCUUGUGCGAAAAUAGUAAUGCAAUUAUAUGCAAUUAAAUUGUAUAUUUAGUAGUUCAACCAAAUUGAAUUAUCUGUUGGUUGACCCUCCAGAAAAUUUGUAUUUUACUUAGUGUCCCUUAGGAUAUAUGCCUCGCUAAGUGAUAUUUUUAUUUUAUUUUUUAGGUGGUUGAAAACAUGUUGUCUUUUAGAAUGUAGUUUUCUACUUGUUGACAGACUUGUUAUAGUCAACUGCAAUCUUCCUUUUCACCUUCAAACCAAACCAUAGAAAGGGCAAUGCUGGGGCAGAGGUCUAAAAAUGUAACUGCUUGAUCAUUAGUUUAAAUAGGUCCACGAGACAAUAUGCUUCUUAGCACGCUGAGGACAAGAAUGAACACUUUAUGCUAUGGUGACUGUCUCACAGUGAAUGUGUGAUUUGGCAUGUAGCUGAAACCACAAGUGUGUCUCUGGAAUUAUGUGACCCAUGGUAGUGGUUAUAGGCUCAGUCACUGUUUAGCCUCUAAUGAAGCAAGACACAGUUGCUCACAUUACGGUGCGGCAGUGAUGGGUGGAACAUAUUAUUCAUUCUGCAGGUGAUGUCCUCUAUGAGGUUCUCCAGCACAUCCUAAAGCAGAGGAAACCAAGACUAAUCCAAUCCUCGAUAUUUCACACUGGAAAUUCCCUACACAGCCACCCCGAAAUCCUGCUCUCCCAUAAUCACCAUGAAGGUGAGUUUUGUUUUUUUUUUGUUUUGUUUUUUCCCUUCCAUGCAGUGAUUCAAUAGUCUGCAUAGAGAUGGAUGUUGUUAAAUAGUGUUUAAACAGAAAAAUGUUGAGUUUUAAAAAGUUACACCCAUCUAAACAAACACCAAGUGUCCUUCCCUUCCCAGAAGGUCCCUUUUAAAUAUAGAGAGUAUACAUUUUGCACACACAUUUACACUCAUAACCUUUGUGAGUGUGUCUGUCUCUCUUUUUCCCCUCUAUUUGAUUCUGAUUUAUUCCUCUGUUCUGCAGAUUGCAUUAGCACCUCAGAAACAUUGAAACAUAGAAUGUGAUGACAGAUAAGAACCAUUUGGCCCAUCUAGUCUGACCAAUUUUCUGAAUACUUUCAUUAGUCCUUGGUCUUAUCUUAAGCCUAGGAUAGCGUUAUGCCUAACCCACGCAUGCGUAAACUCCCUCACUGUGUUAACCUUUACCACUUCAGCUAGAAGGGUAUUCUGUAUUUGUGACACUAUUCUACUCCUCUCUGAAAUGUUUAAACACAUUUUAUGUAUUUAUGUAGAUUUUGUUUACAUUUGGUGUUUUUGUUUUGUUUUUAAUUACAGUGUUUGUAAACACCUUUUUAUGUGUUUAAAGCAUUUUUUCUGCAGUUGAUUUUAAUGUACUGCCAACUAACAUACCCAUUUAUUUAUCUAGAUCACCAUCCCCAGAGACCUUUACGAACACCUUCUGAUAUGCCACAGCAGAACACCCCCACUAUAGAGCUAUUGCACCGCUCACGCUCUCCACUCUCUUCCAACCAUCACCCUUCCCCUGACCUAGAGCCCCGCCCAUUGCGCUCUCCGCUUGAUACAAACAUUCGACGUCCCUCCCCUGCUGAACGUCUGCAUCGUAUGCAAAGUGAACCCAAUCACCAUGUUCAGGACCCCUACCCACUAUCUGUGUCCCCUGCUGAAGCCAACCAUUGCCCAAUUGAACCUCUUAACAAACCUAGCAGCCCAAGACAGGACAAUCCAAGGGUCAUUCAACUAAUGCCAAGCCCUAUCAUGCAUCCAUUGCUUCUUAAUCAGCGCCAUGCUGUAGAAUUCAAGCAACCUCGUCUGGGCACAGAUGACGGGCAACAACGGGAAGGCAAGCCCAUGAACCUUUCACACCGGGAGGAGAUGUCUUACAUGAACCAUAUUAUGGUGUCUGUAUCACCUCCUGAGGAGCAGUCUGUGCCCAUGGGCAGGAUAGCAGGUAUGUCACUGUAUGUGUUUACCAAAAGAACAGUGGUUAAAUGUUGGAGAGAUAUGUGGUAUGUUGAUUCUAAAGUAAUAGCUACUACUCUUUUACUUUUAAACACUUAGAACAUGUUCCCCGCUUAAUUUUGCAAAACACAUUUUUUUCUGUUUUUUUAUAUCAUUAUUUUUCAUGUGACUGUUACAGCUGUCUUUGGCACAGCAUUUAAUUAAAGUCUGCAUACUUUCCCUCUGUUUCCCGUAAAAUAUUGGGAAAAGUGAGCAGACAACUGACAAUAAAUUGAUAUUCCAUUCUGGAAUGCAUGGAAUCAUAGGAAGGUUAAAUGGAUUUGCUUAUUGAACAGGGAAAUGUGAUCAUUAUUAAUGUAAAUUGCAGUGCCUCCUAAACAAAUAAGAGUAUCUUUGCAAAACAAGUUCACUUUGAAGCACUGGUAUAUUUCACAGUAUUAAGCAUAGGGGAGAUAAGUUUAACAAAAGCAAAUAGUGUCAUCGAGGACUUUGUACCAUAGGGCUUCUAAUUGAUGCAGUAAUAGCUGACCUCAGCCAUUCUGCUGCUGGAGCAUCAUGGGAAACCAAUCUGCAGCAAGCAGAUUGCCAAAGGUUAGCCAUCAAGAUCUAGAUUAUAUGCAAAUGUUAACAGUAUGCUAAUUUAAACAAAUAUAAAGUGUUAGUGCAUGUUUACAUGGUUAAUAUUUCUAUUGUUAAUAUCUUUGUGUAUAACUGUGUGAGUUGUGAUAUGUCUAUAUAUUCAUAAAUACAUACAUAUAUGUGUGUGUGUAUGUAUGGAGUCAGCGAGUGCGCUGAAUUGCUUAUGUUUUCUGAAUGCAUGUUCAGGUGAGUGUAGCCCUCUUGGUUUUGUGUGUGUGUGUCACACACGAAUACAUGCUGGCUUUUGUUAGAUAUUCCGCUUCCAAGAUCUGAUCCACCAGUACAUUCUGUAGCAAUAUGUAUAUUUAAGCCUGUUCUGUUUUAUUUUGUGUGCUACUGUGUUCACUUUUGUAACCCUAUGCUAAUGCAUAUCACACACUUUUAAAAGUAUAUAACGAAAAGGGAAUACGUUUUUGAAUUUUAAAAGAAAAUAUAAUUUAUUACGUCCAUUGUAUAGUUCAUUUGGUUAAAACACCAAUGUUAAAUGAGAUCACACCACAAGGUCACAGGAUCUAGCCACAGCUAGGUGAACUUAUCCCAUCUGUCUUCCAAGAUCAAUUAAAUAAGUUGAGUUGACAUAGAAUUGCAUACUUUACAUACUUGAAACAGGGAUAUCUGGUAAAAUGUUAACAAAUCAUUGUUAUUAUUAAAAUACAGGUAAUUGACUAACAAAAUAUCUUUAUGCUUAAUAUUUUUUUAAAACAUGUAAGAAUUAAAAGAAUUGUAUAAGUGCAUAAUGUAAUUGCGUUUACAAGACUAAAUGUAAAAUAGGGAGGAGAGAGGAGAUCAGCUUUCUCAGUCUUGUGUUCUUCAGAUUGGGGAGAGUUUUAUGAUGUCCUUACACUUGGCCUCUUUGUUUCUUUCCAGACUGCCGGCUGUUAUGGGAUUAUGUGUACCAACUUCUAUCAGACAGCCGAUACGAAAACUUUAUCCGCUGGGAGGAUAAAGAGUUGAUGGUUUUCAGAAUCAUUGACCCCAACGGAUUGGCACGUCUCUGGGGCAAUCACAAGGUAUUAGUCAAUACCUACUGGGAUAUAUGUGUUGCUUUUAGUGCUUUGUUUGAAAACAAUGUAGUAUUAUAUUAAAAUAAAUUAGGGUCAUUAGUGGAAUGUGCAAUAAUAAAUCCUCAAACUACAAAUGAUGCAUAGUAUGUUUUAUAUCCAGUAGUUAUACGUAAUAAUCUUUUCUUCUUUUUGAUUAUGGCACAUUUGUUUCUCUUUGUCUACUGACUACGACCGGUACUCAUUUUGUACAUUCUCUUUUUCUUCUUGGAAAUUUUGGAUGAUUCUUUUAGUAAUAAAAUUAGAAUAUACACUGCCAAAUUAACCUCGCCGACCAUUAGAUGGGAGGCCCACAAAAGCGUAAUUCGCGGACACUUCUUCCGCCAGGGCACCAUGCUUAAAAAGAAGACCGACAGCCGCCUGACAGAACUAGUGACGGAAAUACAAAGGGUAGAAGCACUUAACAAAAACACACAACACGCGACGCACCAGGCGACACUACUACAUCUAAGACAGGAGCUGACAGGCCUUUUACAUAGGAAACACCAUUAGGCACAAGGUUUUUUUCCAGCUCCAUGGCAAUAAGAGUGGCAAACUGCUGGUCAGAAUGCUAGUCAAACAAAGACAGAGGACAUACAUUGACAAAAUGAGAGACACACGGGGCACCCUACACCACUUACCCUCUAAAAUCCUAGACAUAACGCAGAACUACUACUCAAACCUGUAUGCCAUCCCCUGACCCCAACAAGACAAGGCGAAGGAGAGCCUAUGGGAGAGAAUACAAACAUAUCUAACGGCCCACCCCCUCCCGUCAUAGACUGGGAAAUCGCAGACAGUCUAGACGAACAAAUCUCAAUAGAGGGACUAGCUCAGUCCAUCAAAGUGACAAAACAGGGUAAAAGCCCAGGCCCGGAUGGGCUACCACUAAAGUAUUACAAAACGUUCGCGGAACACUUAUAUCCCCCUCUCCUAGACGCACUGAACGCACUGAGGGAAGGACAUCACCUUCCAAAACAAUCACUGACAGCACACAUCACACUCAUCCCGAAGGAGGGAAAGGACAGGGAAUACUGUGGGAACUAUAGGCCCAUCUCGCUCAUCAACUGCGAUGUCAAACUGUUGGCAAAAAUAUUGGUUACACACCUCCAAACACACAUCCCCACACUAAUACACCCGGACCAGGUGGGUUUCGUCAUGAGACGUGAGGCUAGAGACAACACGAUCAGAGCGUUGACUCUCAUGCACAGACGAAAUUGUGGGGACGAAGGCGUUCUGCUGCUGUCCAUGACUGGCAAUACAUGUUCCACACACUAACACAUAUCGGGCUGGGACCGGACUUCCGGAGAUGGGUAGAGGCAUUGUACAACGGGCCCACCGCCCACGUCAUCGUAAAUGGAGCCCUGACAAAUGAAUUCCCCAUAAACAACGGCACAAGGCAGGGAUGCCCUCUAUCCCCCCUGCUCUUUGUUCUGACACUCGAGCCCUUUCGGACACACAUACGACACAACGCAGCUAUUAGGGGUAUUGGAAAGGGAGACACGCAACACCAAAAUUAAAACCUUAUUCACAAAAAAAUAAAAAUUAGAAUAUAAAAUGUACAUAGACACCCUUUGUAAUUUGCAUCUCUUUCAGUGUACCUCCUGACAGGUGUUUCAAAUCCAGCAUUUGGUUAAAAGACUCGCAGUAGUUUUGGUCUAUACUGUCAGAUUUUCGGUGUGGCAUAAAAUGGAAUGGCAUAUUCAAGUAGGUAAUUUUAUUAAACUGCUAGACUUGCCACAGUAAAUGUAAGUGCUUUUAUUCUGAAGUGAAGAGGAGAGCAGCCACAUCUCAGCCACAAUGGGUACACAAGUUCACAUAACCAUGCUUGAGUUUUUAAAAGGGAACUAAAGUCUCCCAGACCACUUCAUCUUAAUCCAGUAUUUAGCCUUGCAAUGUAAAACAUUAGUAGAUAUAGCAAUGGUUUUAUUGCAGGAGAACUUACACCUCUAGUGGCUCUCUUCCUGACCGACACUAGAGACACUUACACACUCAUAACGGAGUUUGCCUGGGUUAUGUGAUGCUCAAUGUGAAAUAUCAUCAAAUGGUUAUUUUAGGAAAGCACUGGGUUCAAUGCUUCCCUAUGAGAAGCAUAUGAUUGGAUGAGCACUGCGCCUGCAAAGCAUUGGAUUGGACUAGAAGCCAAGAAAGCAAUGCCUCCUGGAUGACAUCAUGGGAGGCAGACCAAGCUGCAGCACUGAGUGAGUCUCAGUGCUCACAAAAAGUGAUUAAAACCCUAUUUCCUUUUCAUUUAGAGGCCCAGACAUGUAAUUAGUGAGUAGAACACUAUAACAUUAGGAAUAUAUGUUUGUGUUUGUAGCUCAAUGGUGUUCCUUUAACUUCCUUCGUCAUUUCAGAUGUGGUAGACUACCUCUUCCCUGAUGCUUUGCCAGCAUUAUGGGAAGUAUAGUCAACAACAUCUGGAGUACCAAAGGUUGCCUACCGAUGCUUUAAGUGCUUAGUUAUGUUCCAAGCUGUCUUUGUAAUCAAUAUUAGCAGAAGAAUUGAAUAUUUGAGCACAGCUUUGCAGCAUCCUGUAAACCUAUGUCCUUGCAGCAUCCUGUAAACCUAUGUCCUAAAUCAUUAUGGACAAUGUCAUGCAUCAAAUAGUUUGGUGACAGUUUGCCAUCAUUGGCAUCUGGAGCAGUAAAGUCAUAUUUUACUAUUUGCAAGUUCACCAAACAACUCUAUGCCCGAAUAUGCCCCUGUGCACAAAACAGGAUUCUAGAAAGAAAUAGCCAAAUGCAAGCCAGCCAGUCCUAAUCUCACAAAAUGAUGUUAUGACUGAAUGGAUUCAAAUCCUCACUCUAAUGUAGUAAAAUGCCUUCUGAAAAGUGUGGAAGAAGUUAUAAUAGCAAAGGUGGGAUGAACUCCAUUAAAGCAACACGAUAGGUGUGAAGAAAAUAGACUGAGUUCGGUAUUUUCUACUAUGUUCGGGCUUUUCUGCAGUAUUUUGUUCAUGUUGGAUCUAUUAGUUCGGUAGUUUAAAACUACCGAACACCGACCACCCUCCUGGUUCAUUAACUUCAAAAGAACCAUGUAUUAAGAGUUCUCUUAGAAGGACUGAAACAUUGAUCGCAAGUUAUUUUAUGCAUCUUCAAUAAACUUUGGACUUUUACACAGAACCGUGAGUGCAGCCAUCUACUUGGUUUUUCUGGAUACACUAGCUAUAUGGGGCUGGCACCCGGUCACUUAAGGAUGUAUUAGCGUGAGUGCAGGAACUAUUUUAUUUUUAUAUAUAUAUAUAUAUAUAUAUAUAUAUAUAUAUACACACACAUAUAUAUAUAUAUAAUAAUUCUACGUAUAUAUUUAUGUAAUAAUUUUACAUAAUUAGGUCAUUUUAUUAAUUACAAUUUGCAGGACCUGCCUGACAACCCAGGCCAAAAGUUCAGGGAAUUUAAUUUUCUAGCACUAUAUUUAACCCUGUAACUUUCCAAGACACCAUAAAACCUGUACAUGGGGGGUACUGUUUUACUCAGAAGACUUCGCUGAACACAAAUAUUAGUGUUUCAAAACAGUAAAAUGUAUUACAACGACGAUAUCGUCAGUGACAGUGAAAUUUUUUGCAUUUUUCACACACUAAUGGCACUUACACUGACGAUAUAAUUGUUGUGAUACGUUUUACUGUUUUAAAACACUAAUAUUUGUGUUCAACGAAGUCUCCCGAGUAUAACAGUACCCCUCAUGUACAGGUUUUAUGGUUUUUUCAAAAGUUACAGAGUCAAAUAUAAGGCUUACGUUUCAGUUUUUUCACAUUAAAAUUCGCCAGGUUGCCUUUGAGACCGUACGGUAGCCCAGGAAUGAAAAUUACCCCCAUGAUGGCAUACCGUUUGCAAUAGUUGACAACCCCCAGGGUAUUGCAAAUGGGGUAUGUUCAGUCUUUUGUAGUAGCCACUUAAUCACAAACACUGGCCAAAAUUUGCAUUUUCAAAUAUUAACACUAACUUUGGCCAGUGUUUGUGACCAAGUGGCUACUAAAAAAGACUGGACAUACUACAUUUGCAAUACCUUGGGUUGUCUACUUUUGCAAAUGGUAUGCCAUCAUGGGGGUAAUUCUUAUUCCUGGGCUACCAUAUGGUCUCAAAGGCAACGUAACCAAUCUGGCGAAUUUCAAUGUGAAAAAACUGAACUAUAUUUGACCCUGUAACUUCCCAAAACAUCAUAAGACCUGUACCUUAGAGCCUGUGAUGUCAUCAAAGCCUUGGACACCUUUUUACACGUGAGACAUCUCUGAAUACAAAUAUGUGUAUGUUACUGCAGUAAAAACAAACAGUUUUUUGACAUUCACAGUUAAAAUGUCACGUAGAACAAUUUUUUUUUUUUUAAUUCUUAUUUUCUCCCAUUUUUUUAUAUUAAAUUAUGUUCCAUACCUAAAUAUUUGAUGUUAAACGAAAGCCCCGUUUCCCCUGAAUAAAAUUAUAUAUAAUAAGUGUGGGUGAAUUACGGUUGGACAGACAUAUAGCGCAAAUGCCAGGUUUUGUUUACGUUUUGUUUUGAUCACAACUUGUACAUUUGGCUGCGGUCUUAAGGGGUUAAGAUAGAAUCCCCAAACAACUGCUUUCUGUCACCUUGUCCUUUUUGUCACUGGCUGCACUCUUGCUCACCUUAGGCAUAUAGGAUGGUGGUUCCACAGACUCUGUGCCUGACCAUGUCUCAGUAACAUCACUACAAUCUGAAAGAGCAGAAAAUGAAUUAUGUAAAGACACAGACUGUGCAGUAUGCCUUUUGUCCACAUCUCUGUCUACCCGAUCCUACAGUAAUCCAUCUGCCAUUCCUAGGACAUCUCUGCAGCAGUGGAUUUGCAACAGUCCCAGCCUGAGUUUAACAGAUAAUUUAAAAAUCUCAGACUUCAAAAAUACAAUCUCCUGCUGCAAUAAAGAGAACGGUCUACAGCUUAGACAACAUCCAAACCUCCAAAAUGUGGAGCGUGAAACAAAUGCACAACUAUUACACUGAACUAAUUACACUGCCAUUUAAAUAAGAGGAGGAGUUUAAAUCAAACACCUUUCUGUUCCUCUCCUGCCUACUAAUUCUUACUUUGUGUUUUUGACAUUUGUAAAAAAAAAACUGUAAAAACUGAUUUCCUCCGUUUUAUCUUAUCUCUUGUUUUCUCUUCUAAAUAAACAGAACAGAACCAACAUGACAUAUGAGAAGAUGUCCAGGGCACUUCGCCAUUACUACAAACUGAACAUAAUCCGCAAGGAACCUGGGCAAAGGCUGCUCUUCAGGUAACAGAAUAUCCCUUCUCAUUCACCUGCAACUUUACCUUAAUAAUAAAUAAACUAAAUAUUCUGCUGUGUAUAUUGUGCAAAAUACAUGCUAUAAAAAUGUCAGCAUUUUUUGCUGUUAGGUUUAUUCACUAAACAUGGUGAAAUGAAAACUGAAUUGUCGAAUUGAGGCUAAAGUAGGAGUGAUGUAGCUAUAACUAAGCAGGAUAUUUUUUCUAAAUCAUCACUUUUUUAAUUAAUUCUGCUAUUCAGUUUUCAAUUCAGUGAAUACAUCCAUAAAGUGUGAAUUUGGCAGGAAUACAAAGCAAAUUCAUAGUACAAGUUGCAGGCCAAAUAAUGAAAACAUAGCAGCCCUUUUUCACAUUCAAUUAUUUUGGACUAAGGUUUGAAAUAUAUUUAGAAUUCCAGACAUUUCACACUUAAGUAAAUAAUUCUGCAUGUGUUUGUGCAUAUAUAUAUAUAUAUAUAUAUAUAUAUAUAUAUAUAUAUAUAUAUAUAUAUAUAUAUAUAUAUAUAUACACACAUGUAUGUUUGCAGAUUUGUAACUACUCUUUGUUGAACCAAAGAGAAAUGUUAUUGCCAUUUUGGAGUCAAAAAUUACUGCGAGGGGCUUUUGUGUUUUUUAACACUAUAGGGUCAGAAAUACAAGUUUGUGUUCCUGGCCGUAUUGUGUUCCUUUAAACAAUACUUUUGUCUCUAAUAAUAAUAACAUGGUAGCUGUGGAAUGGGAAUGAAAGAAAAAAGAAUCACUUUUAAAUGUUUGACUAUUACCAAAAGAUCAUUUGAACAGACCCUUUUCAUUUUCUAUAUUCAUAUUAGUUUAUCAUUUAUUUUAAGAACUAUGGGAUAUGGUGGCUCUAUAUAAAUAAUAAGGCAUAUGGAGUUUGCUCAUGGUAAAAUUUUUAUCUUCUGUGAGAGUGCUAAACAAGUGCCAGUUAGCACUGAAACAAGCAGAAUCCCUUUUGGCAGCUAAUACUUUGUACCAGAAUAGCAACUCUUCUGCUCGAUAAAUCUCCCUCCUAAUACUAAAAAAAUGUUUCGCUGUUUAUAUUUAUUUUAAACAAUAAACUUACUUUUAUCUUUCUCCCUUGCCCAGAUUCAUGAAGACCCCAGAGGAGAUUAUGAGUGGACGGACAGAUCGUCUUGAACAUCUUGAAUCCCAGGAAUUGGACGAGCAGUUGUUUCAAGAGGAUGAAUGCUGAGUGUAAUUUGGCAAGCUUGUUGCCCACAAGGAAUGCAAGGGAGCUGGGUAGAAGGACAUGCCUUGAUGUAAUUGCUGUCCUCUCCACUGGAAAUAUACUGCCUUGAUUACAAAGAUCUCAGGCUUUCAUAAAGUGCAGUAUUUUCACUACCUAUGGGAAGUCUAUUUACUGUCCAGGUACUGGCUUCAGAUCAUCAACAAGGCAGGAUCAUGAUACUCUCAGGGAGGACCGCUGUACUGUGUAGCCAACAUGAUGUCUUUUAUUUCCGUGGAAGGAUGAAUUAGAUCGGAUAAGGAAAGAAAUGUAUGUUGGCUUUUUAUGUUAAUAUUUUAAUUAUUUGUACGUCUGGAGAUUUAAGACAUUCUUGGAGGUGUUUGCACUGGAGUAAGAUGUAUAUACACUGUGACAUGAAAUAAAAAAAAUAAAAAAUUCAGGCCAACAGAGGACAUAAAUGAGCCCAGAAUGGGCCUAUGUGGCGAUUUCUAUUUAGUUCCACCUCCUAAUUCUUUGGUUCUUACAUCAAUUCCUCCACCUCCUGUAAUUGCACUAGUGACAUAAUGUCGUACAUAUUGUUAGAGAAACAAGGUUUACGCCUAAUACAAAUGGAUGCCAAAAGCCAUGUUGCAUUAAGUAACUUUAUAAAGGUGAGUUGGACUUCAGCUGAAACUUCUCUGUGAAUUGGUUCCGACAAUAACUGUGUUUUAUCAAAUCACCUUAGAGCCUGUGAUGUCAUCAAAGCCUUGGACACCCCUUCUGGUUGUGGAUGAAAUAUUUGCCCUACACCUUUCUUUUGACAUCACUUAAUACUUGUGACAUCCUCUUUUUGAACAGCAUUUCUACUUGUCCUGUGAAUAGCCAAGUUUGUGUACUCCACAAAGUACCUAAAUCAAUUCCUCAUCCUAACUUCACAUAAAAAGAAAAUAUUCCUGAAAAGAACGUGCUCCGUUUUAUAGAACAGUUCUGAUGUAGGUCAGAUUACUUUGUUUGGGAAUGAAGGGAAAUGCAUAUCACUUGGAAUGUAUUGUUUUCUGUUGUCACUUUUUGUUUGUUUUUAAUAGUUGAUUUGUUC